CGGACUCAUCUGUCCUCAGCCCAGCAGAGCAGGCGGCUCCGGGGCUCAGCGUGAGUCUCAGGUCCUGAGCGGGAGGAUCGCGGUACGCCUCCAGGUAAAGGCGGCUGAGGGGGGCAGCGUGUCACCGCACCGCACCGGCCACUGCCUGCUUUGUUCUGCACAGGCACGGGGCAACCGAACACAAAGAACUAGUGCGGGGGCCACGGGGGGGAGGGGGGCUAUACUGUGCUGGGGGGCAGGGUGCAUGGGACCAGGCAUGUAUACAGUGUAUGUCACAUAUAUGUGUUUUAUAUUGUCAUGUCUAUAUAUGUAGGUGUAUAUGCAUCAUUAGUCAUGUAUGUUGGUGUGUAUGUGUAUUUUUAUAUACAAGCACACACACUUUAAAAAAAAAUAAAAAAAUCCAUCUUUCUCUACAGAUAUGUGAAUACAUAUGUGGUUUUUUUUUUUUGUUUGGUUUUUUUUUAGUGAUUUCACAUAUACACACGUGCAUGGAAGAGAAAGAAUCAAGCCCAGCAUCAUUAACACUAAAUGGUUACUUAUUGGUGUGAGCUUGGCAUUUGGCAUGUCGCUGUUGCCCCUUGCCAGGUUUACAUUAUGAAGUUCAGAGGUCUCUGUAGAAAAGGGCAGUGGGAGUUUGUGUUGAGUGGUACUCAUAGGAGUUGAUGAUGCUGUAAUGCAGGCAGAUGUGCUGGUAGCUGGGGAGGUAAAUUACAUUUUGGCAGGUUUAGAGAUAUUCAGGGAUUCCUAGAAGGAGUGUUUCUGCUGGUGAAAGUGGAGAGCGUCAGGAGAGAGAGAAGAGAAAAAAAAAGCUUCCCAGCUCCUGGGGGAUGGUGGUAGCUAAAUACCUGCACUAACUUUUGGGCUGGACAGUGGUAAAAAAUAAUGAAUGCUUUGUACAUAUAACCUCAUGGAGUUGCCAUGGAGAAAUAGACAUAUUACUGUAAUAAGUGGCGAUUUGCAGUCCUUCUUAAAACACUAUAUCACAAUUUAUUUAUCUAAAGUUAAAUUUAAUGCUGAAAGCAUACAGUCUGUCUUGUUAUUCUUAAGUAUUUGGGUAUGAAACCUCCCCCACCCCCCCCCAAAAAAAAAAACAGAUAUGUUGAAGAUGCAGAUGUAAUGUAGUGGAACCUACAAUACUAAUAUAUUAUUUCUUGCAAAACAAUACUAACAAAAAGGUUUGUCUAACAAUCUCACGUUUCCCGUUUGUAAAUAACAGGAGCAUCUGCCAGUUAAUUAAUUGGACCAUUUGUAUUAAUUGCGAAAAAACAGCUACUGUAACACACUUAACUAAUGUAGCUUGUAGUCAGGCAGUUGUGUUUCAAAGUUCUUUCUGUGGAUGUGUAAUCUCCAUGUUGUGGUUCAAGCCUUUUGUCAAAUGCUUACAGCAGCCUGUCUCUCCCUUGAACCAUAAACAUAUAUUUAACAUAAUCCAUGAAUAAAAUAUACGACUGGCCUUUUGGCAGAGAACUAGUUAAUGUAAAAAAGCACAGACACAUGUGGUGAUAGCAGAUUGAAGCAGUCAACCUGCAUCCUUAAAGCUGUAUUUAGACUUACAAAUCAUGUCAUCCUUGGUUUGUCUUCCCUUUGGUUAAGUGUGAUGAGAGUUGUAGUGCAGCACUAGUAGAAGGUUGCCAAGUGUAGACUUUUGAUCUAAAAUUAUUCUAGACAUCCAUUGUGGCAGCGCAUUGUAACCAAAAUAAUAUGUUCAGAACUGCAGACUAUAGAAGCUGAAUUAUCAGCUCAGACCUAUUUGAAACUUUCUCUGUAAAUUAUUUUUUAGAGAACAAAAAAUGAAAAUUAUAUUAAACACAGGUUUUGAGUGUGAUUUGAGUAGAAAAUCCUUUUUUGCAUCAUUAGGCUAUAGAGGGAGCGAUGGAGCUGUAAAUCAACCUACAUGCGUCCAUACAUAUUCUUUCUAAUGGUCUGUAUCGAUUUUGUUAUGUUGGGUUCUUUCUUUCUCACAGUCUACCUUUCUAAAGUGCUUGAAUUUUCUUCAUUGUUUACACUACAAAAAAAAGGAGAAUGUUUUACAGUUAAUUACAUAAAAAUGAAACUAGUAUGGCGAUAUACAUUACUAAAUGUGAUAUGUUAAACCUCCUCCAUUCAGUUAAAAAACAAACUGGAUAUAGGUAUAGUAAAUACAUUAUUUUAACUAGGACAAUGUGUAUCCCUGAAUUACGAGGACAAAUGUGACCUGGAGAGUCUAUUCACAAAAAAUCUAAUUCUUGUCAAUUGUAGAAUGAAAGUUGGUUGAGAAAACUGUUUCAAGGUGACUCAGGUCUGGUUUCAAUAUUCAAACUAUUUUACAGAUAUACAAGAGUGAAAUAACUGUCUUGAUCAUACUUGAUGAUAAAUAUUUUCUUAGCCAACAUGAACCAAUCUUACCAGCAUUCCCAUUGGAGAUUUGUUGUUACUAGAGGUCCAUAUAGAGGAUUCAACUUGUCAUUGUCAGCUGGCUGACGAUUACUAUCAUUAACUUAUCAUUAACAUAGAGAAAUGCCAAAAGCCUGGGGGCAAACUGAUAAAGGAUAUUGUUACUUUGCUUAUUAUGGGCUUAGUAGAAUAUAAUUGAGGAAGUCGGUAUGGUGACCCCAAUUCAGUGAACUUGGGUAACCCACCCUCACAUUUUGUUAUUGCUUGCCAAGAAUUGUGUGUAGUUCAUGUAUAGAGGUCCCUGACUAAAACUCUUUUUAUUUUCAUUUAUCUGACUUUUUUCAACUGUUUGCCAAUGCCCACUUGCAGCUCGGUCUUGGCAUUAAGCUUCCAUACUAGUCAUUUCCUCAGGUUGGCAGAUCAGAAGCAUCUGACUAGAAAUCCCUCACUCGGCCAAUUAUACUGACAUCAUUAGACAAGUCGUAGCUUAAAGAAUAGUCAAAUCGCAUUACUCACAGAAACGUGUCUUCAAUUUUACUAGUUCUGUAUCAUAACUGAACCUAGCAAUGUAAGUUAGUUGUAGCAGGAGCUUUUAGAACAGACUUGUCUUUCGUGAAUAUCUGAUUUUGAAGACUUCUCCCAAAUUCAGUAUUUCAUUUAAAUCUUUUGCAAAGUCAGUACAAAACAACUGUAAUCCUAGGACAGUUUCUGCAUCUUAGAGUUCUUCACAGCUGUUCUCUCUACAAUGUGUAAGUAGUAAACAAUACACCACCACCUUCCAAUGUCAACUGCAUCUAUGUACAUGUAGGUACAUUUAGCAGACCUUGCACAUAUAUUGAACACUCGUUUAGUGCCAUUUUAAGUGAUGAAGGGGGAUCACUUGCAGGUGGUAUAAGACAAAAUUGUGUAUUCUUUAAAAAAAAAAAAAAUUCAAAGUAAAAAAUAAAAAAAACUAGUACAAUCCUCUCCACACAAUACUAAAAAGUGACUGUGGAUUGUGUAAUACAUGCAACCUCCUUUGCCAUCUGGUGAAAUUGAUAACAGACACAUAUAUUGUAUAUCUCUCUUCCUAGAUUAUAAAUUUUUACCAGGCAGUAACUUCUUUUCAAAUAUUUGCAGUGGUUCUUAUUCUCUUUGAUUGUAUUGUUAUACAGUGCUAUGUCAAUAAAUUAACUCUUCAAAUAUUUUUUUUUUCUGUGCCUGUUGAAUGGCUGAUCUCUGUUUCCAACACAAUUUAUCCAAAUGCAUCCAAAAUGUGUAAUUUCACAGAUCUUUAUUAUACAAUGUUCUUUGGAAUUAGAUUCUAUAUGUAACUUUAUUUUUUUAAAAAUUUUUUUAAUGGUGAGCAUACACCUCUCAGACACCAUACCGAUCUCUUAAUGUACAUUAGGAACAUGCUUAAAUGUAUACCAGCCUGUAUGUGCACUGAAAAGGUAUAAAUGCAAAAGGAACAUUUUUACUUCCUUCUGAAUCUUUUUAAGAUAAUCACUCGGAAGCACUUUGUGCCCUUUGAUAUUUAAUCAAGUUGACAUGGAUUUAAUGAUCUAAUCAAAAAUAUUGUCAAGGUGGAAUUUCUUUACACCAAGCUGCUUAAGCAGAAUCCAGAAGAAAAAUAUCAAUCCAUUUAAUUAUAAUACUUGCAAUAAGAUUUCAAAGUGUUAUAUUUAACCUACUCUUUUUAAAUACCACAUAUCCGAUUUGAUGCCUGGUGAUCUUAGUAUAGUAUUAAAAAGCUUUUUUGUGGAAUCCUAAAUGUAAUAUUUUCUUAUGUUUUAUUAUAUAGUUUUCAAUAAUUCUUGUCCGACUAUCUGUCUUCUGUUGCAUUACAUAAUACGCUUUUAGACAAAAACAAAUGCUUUUGGUUAGUUUGCAUCCCUCUUAAUAGGUCGUUUUUGUAUUACUUCAUGGACUUUAAAGGAUUUCCUCAUCCAAGAAUACUCAUCUUUUUGAAUUUUUGAAACGUUAGAUAACACAUUUAUUAUAAUUCUAGUUGGAGAGUUUAGCUAAAUAUUGUAACCACUGUAGUGCUUGUUCACAAGAGUCAGUUCCAAAACCCGAGUUAACUUAGUUUUUUUAAUCCUUCCAAUGUCUAAAUAAAAUGUGCAUCAUAAAGAUCAGUGUAUGGCCAAAAGUAUGUGAAAACCCAAACAUCAUACUUGCAUGAGCUUCUUGGAUAUUUAAUUCAAGCGUGAUGGGCAUUAAUAUGGGGUUUGAGCUCCCCAGUAGCAUACUAAUGAGGGGGGGAGACACGAUUCUGCCCCAGGUGACAGACAGCAGGGGGCUAAGCAGUGCAACCCUCUCCCACCACAGCAGUUACCAGAUCACUGACACAUCGCAUUUGACCAUAUGUUAUUAUUUAAGUGCCAACAAAUUCCGCAGCACUGUAGAAUAGGUGAACUAAGAAACAAGUAUUUGUAACAAGCCAAGUUAGAUAUACAAGAAUAUAAGGUGCAAAAGGGUCCACUCAAUCAAGAUUACAACCUAGGGUGAGUGGUGUAAAGUGAGAAGAGGUGAUGGCAAGAUAUAUUUCACGCAUGUGAAAAGUAGUUUUUUUUGGAUGACCCAGUAGCAGGAGAGAAAGCAAGGUGGGUUACUAAAAGUGUGGGCGAGAAUGCUGUAAACAGUUUAAUUAUAUAGUGUACUUAAAAAAAAAAAAUUGCGGUUUCACUAUAACCCAUGUGCUUAACAUUUGUGUUUGUGAAGUCUGAAAAAUAAAAUUAAAUGUAGAUAUCCACACUACUCUAUCUACUUCCAAUUUGGAAAUCAGUGUCUCCAUCUUGAUCACCCGGUGGCCAUUAUUUAAAGGUACACUCCAAAAACCUAAUGCACUUUAGAUUGCUGAAAAGCUUUAUAUAUAAAGAAUGUGUCUUCUUAAUAAUAACAGUGUCCAAAUUGGAACAUAGGAAGUAAAGAUGGAGAAAUAGAAACAAUGUUUUAUAUUGUUUUAAUGUUUUAUUAAAUGCUGUAAUUUUUACACAGACCUAAUGCAUCCACAUAAAAACAUUGGCAAAGUUAUUAUACAAUGUUAUUUUCAUUAUUUUGUUUACUAUUUGGUAAUAGGAGGUUAACAUCUUGUAAUACAUAACUUUCCCCUUUUAAGACUUUCUUGUAGUGUAUAAGGUGUGUUGCAGUAAUUAAAGCAUAUUUAAUUUUAAUAGUUUUGUUUAGUAUUUUGUAAUUGGAUGAACAAAGCUUGUAACACAUCAUUUAAAGUGGCACGGUCACCACUGCUAAUACUCAUGUUAACUGUGGUGAUAUUUCACUGAAAUUGCAACCCAGUCAAAAAAUAUACUUUGACAUGGUGAUACAUCCAAUAAUUUACUAAUCGUCAUCACAUUUUUAGUGUGGGUGAAAUAGUUGGGUGUAAUAGGGCAUAUAUUGGUGUCCAGACUUGUGCCAUGGGAUGGUAUGGAUAGGCGAGUCAAAGAAAAAUCGUUCCAAUGUCACCCACUUUUUGAUUGUCAGGGGAGGCAAAUUGUGUAUUCUAGACAUGUUAAGUGCUUUGUAAUAAACUUCCAAGUUUGGAAGACCAAGUCCCCACCUUAGUUUAUGUUUGGUCAGAAUAGAAUAUGGCAGUCUUGGUUGUUUAUGGGACCAGAUAAAAGUGCCAACAUCCAAAGUCACUUGACCAUGGUGUAGAACGACUUCAGAAGAGCUAUAGGAAGGACCUGCAUAAGUUAAAGAAAUCUAUGGAGGAUAUUCAUUUUUAUUAUAGUUAUUCUGCAAAACCAAGUGAAGUGGGGCAUGUCCAAUGUUGUAAGAUCUUUAGAGGUUGCUUGUAAUCGAGGCUGGUUACUUGAGUUUAUAGAGUUUAGAUAUUUGUUGAAUAUGAAAUCCAUAAAUAUCAGGAUGGUCCCUGAUCCCCUGAAGGAAUGGCUCCAUGAUGAGGACAAAUAGAAGAGGGGACAGGGGGCACCCAUGUCACGUGCCAUUGCUAAUAAGAAUAGGGUUGGACAGUUGUCUGUUUGAUUCUAGCACUGGGGGUUGAGUAAAUCACAUUUAGCCACUUAGGGCUGAAGUCCAUGGUUCGUAUAUUUGAAAAGAGUAGGGACCUGUCCACCCUGUCAAAUGCCUUUUCAUCAUUCAAUGAGAGCAAUAGGUUUUGAGUUUACAUAUAUAUAUAUAUAUAUAUAUAUAUAUAUAUAUAUAUAUAUAUAUAUAUAUAUAUAUAUAUAUAUAUAUAUAUAUAUAUAUAUAUAUAUAUGGGGAAAUGAAUGAGAUUAAUCAAUUUGGUGUUAUUUUAAGCCUCUCUAACCAGAAUAAUGCCAGACUGAACAGGAUUGACUAGUCGCUGUUGUAGAGGCCAUAGGCAGUUGGCCAGGAUUAUGGUGAAUAUUAAUUAGAAAAACUCUUGCAAAUGGAAGAAUCUUUUCCAAGUGUAGGCAUUAGAGUGAUUUGGGCUUCUAUAGCUGUGGUAGGUAGAGUUGAUGAGUUGGUGAUAGAGUUAAAUGCUUCUAAAAAGGUUUUCGAGCGGAUGUGAGAAAAUGUUUUAUAAUAAUUGAUCGUGAAGCCAUCAAGGCCUGGACUUUUGCCUGCUGGUAGAUUUUUGAUCACCAGAUUAUAGUCAUCCUGUAUUAAACAUGCUUCAAAGGUCUAGAGUAAGUUGGCAGAAAUGGUUUGCUGUAUUCUAGAGGCAAGAAAUUGCCUCUUCCUCUGCAGGAGGUUACAUAGUUUGAUAUGAAAGUUAUGAAAAGCAUCCAUAUCAAGUAGAAGCUAGGAUACCUCUCUCCUUUUUAAUGCUAGCAAUGAAGGAACUCUGAAGUUUUUUUGUUGUAUAGCCCAUGCUAACAUUCUUCCGCAUUUACCUCCUUGUAUAUAGUAUGAGGAUUUUGUGAGAAGUUUUAUGCUUAACUUCGGCAUUCAGUAUUAUUUGUAGGGCUGAUAGUUUCUCGAUUUAACUUCUUGUAAGAAGUUAGUGAGCAGUUAUGUUUAUGGACAUUUUCUUUUCCAGCAAGGCUGUUUUGGCCUCUCGUAAUUAUUAUUUUUUCUUUUUUAGUUUCAAGAUUGAUCCAAUGAAAACUCCUCGCAUUACAUAUUUGUGUGCUUUCUAAAUUACUGUGGGGGAGAGAGUAGAUGUUAGAGUUGUUAUAAAAAUAGUCAGAAAGAGCUUCAGUGCUAACUUUUGGGUCAUUAAAUAAUAAGUUGUUUAAUUUCCACUGGAAGGAUUUAGUAAGGAGGGGAUUUUUAUUACAAGAGACAGGGAUGCAUGAUUUGACCAUGUGAUUGAUCUGUUAUCACAGGAUUGGAUCAAUUGUAGAAAUUGAUGGGAGAGGAGCAUCAUGUCCAGCCGUCAGUAUGUGUCUGUGGCUGGAGAGUAAUAGGAGUAAUCUCUCAUAUGGUGAGGGAUAAUAUGCCAUCCAUCAUAUAGUUGGGAUUGAUCUAAGAGUUUUCUCAUGGACAAUUGAUAGUCUAGGGCAGUGUAGGAUGCACAGAGAUCCAAGUCAAGUGUGGUAUUGAGGUCACUCCCUAAUAUUAAGAUUCCCUCUGUAAAAUGGUCCACAGUACGUAAUAUUUUACUGAAGGUUCUGCCUUGCCUCCUAUUUGGGAGAUAUACAUUACAUAAGUAACCAUAGUUUGAUCAAUGAGGCCCUUAACUAUCACCAGCCUACCAUUGUCUUCAGAUUCAUGGGCUUUAUACAUAAAAGGGAGUUGGGCUGCAAGCAAUUCACUCAGUAUAAUUUCUUUUAAAAGAAAAUUAUUCUCAACAAUGAGAUGAUGCUUAUCUUAGUUGGUUCUUUACAAAUGUUCUUAAAUUCCUUUCAUUGCUUCCCCCAGUGAGUUAAAGUAUCCUUAAUACAUUCUUUAUCUGCGGGUAGGAGGUGCUUGGUCAAAAAGACCACAGAGGGAUCUAUUUAUCUAUUGAGCAAAAGAAAAUGGUACUAGUGAGUAAGCUGGGUUUUCAGUUACCAAAAUUGAAUUGUGUAUAAUUGAAAACCAAGUUGCAAUAUUUAGUGUCACUUCGCUGCAUUUCUCUUCAGUUCACUUUGUGAUACAUAAAUCCCAAGUUGUUGUGCACGCCUGCAAGUUGAAAAAGGUAAGGAAGACUUUUUAUCUUAUACAUUUUUAUGUUUUAUGGCAAACAGGGAGAAUGGGAGUCCUUAAUGGAGCAUUGUAUCCCUAAUCUUAUAGUGUUCCUUUAAACUUGCAUAGAUUAUACCGGAAACAGCUUCCAUUUCAUUGCAGUUCAAUUGCUUUCAUGUAUUGUAGAGGUAAGUUUUAGUCUGACAUGUCAUAUUAUUGUUCACUUCAUUAUAAUUGACAUCAAAGUACAAACAAGUAGUAAAGCACUGUGGUGUCAUAGACACACAUCUGCCCACAACAGUUUGUCUCAAAGAGGAUAUGGGAGAGACACUGUCUUCCUUUUUUUUGUACGUCAUUGUUAGUGAGUGAUUAUUUAGUUGUAAGUGGAGCAGUAUUAAAUGUGCAAUAUACAAUGUAUACAACCGUAUUCUGUUACUCCUCCAAUAGGUGGCGCGUGAUUAAUGUAAUGUUUGGAUUGGUAAAUUGGGAUUGCACUAAGGUGUGUAGCAGAUAUCAAUUUAGCAAGUCACAAUAGUGCUUUUUUCUGCCCAACCUGAAUAUAUCGGCUUUUUUAGCACUCCAAAAUUGUUUAUUCUUAUGUCAGUAGUGAUUACAUCGGCAGUCUCAACCUAAUGUCUUCAGCAUUAAAUUGGCCUAAGUCUGACUUAGACAAAUGGUAAAUUUACCCUGUACAGUAACUGAUCUAUAAUAUAAUACAAUACCUAAAAUAUAACAUAUUCAAGUGGAAGACUGAAGCAAUGAUCAUUUCAAGUAUGUUUCAUCAAAUAAUGACAAUUAGAUUGUACGGUUUACUAAUUGUAGUUACAUAAUUUAUUUUUUUUAUUUAUUUUUAGUAAAUUUCAAUUUAUUAUGAUGUUUACCAAAAAAAACUGACAACAAAUCUGCAAAUAAAUAAUAGAAACAUAUGUAGUGCGGACUAUCUGGAUAGUAAAAUGUAAAAGUGGGGAAUAAAGGAAAAAACUCACAUUUACAAGAGCCCUAUCAUCCCUGGCUCUGGGUUUGCAAGGCUCCACUUGAGAGGGAAAUAUCCCACACUAUAUAGAUAGAAUCCGAAUGGUGUGUUCUCUGAAGUCAGAUAGUUCUAAGUAAAAUAGGACAGAGAGAGGCAGAAACCCCUAAUUGAAUAGCAUCUUCAACAAUUUAUUAAUAAAAAAGGGCUAAAAACUCUUACUAUGCAAGUGGUGGGUUAUGCCAACAAAGCUACCCACAUAAAAGCAUGUGUACAUCAAAUGAAAACAGCUUUAGCCACUUGAUAACAGUCACUUCCUGGUUUCGUCCAUCCCGAUCACGUAAUCACGUCCGGGUCCACCGCUUCAAUGACGUCUGCAUGUCGCAUUUCGCCCACCUACCUGGGCUUCUUCCGACGACAUCAUAGAUCUCUAGCCCCUUCUUUUAAGUCCCUAAUUCCUCACCUUCUGUUUUUUUAUUGGUCCGGGAGCGUGGUUUAGUUGUAGGGAAUUCAUUCUGUUCUUCCUCUAUGGGAGUGUGUAAUAGGGCUAGUGUCAAUCCUCUUGUUACUCAUAGAAACUGUAAGAAAUGCAGAUAAACUGCUGAUGUAUAUUAUACAAUAUUACACUUCCAAUAAGCAUAUAUACACAACCACAUUCAAAUGCAAACAUUUUAAAAAUAAAAAUAAAAUUCAGAGAAAGCCCACGUUUAUGCAGUUAUAACUUUUCUUCCAAUACACAACAUUAAGUUAAUUCAGAAGUAGAUUUAGAGAGCAUAAAAUCACCAUCUGAAUCCUAAGAAACCAAAAGCCUAGAUGGAUAUAAAUAUAGAAAUAUAUUAAAAUAAAAUGAAGUACAAUUUAAAAAAAAAAGCACAUCUGAAUGUUACAGCAAUUGCUUUAGCUAUAUAUAUCUGUAGGUGAAUUUACUGAAAAUAUAGAGAAAAAAAUCCUCCAUCUAAAUCAACAAGGAAAAUACAACUAAAUAAAGUUCUAUAAUAUAUUGCAUCUAACACUAUUGAUACUAAUAAUGAUCGCGAGGAGUUAGUGAUAUAUAUAUAUAUAUAUAUUAAUUUAUAGUGACAGCAGUGUCAAAGUUUAAUAUCUAUCAAUAGGGCUCACAUACAAGUAUGAAUCAAGCAAAGAGCUAUACAUACAGAUACAAAUUCCCGUUGUUUUAAAAAGAAAGAACAAGGUGAGGAAUUAGGGACUUAAAAGAAGGGGCUAGAGAUGAUGUCGCCGGAAGAAGCCCAGGUAGGCAGGCGAAACACGUCACUGGAGAGGCAGACCUGGAAGUGAUCACGUGAUCGGGACGGAUUAAAACCGGAAGUGACUGUUAUCAAGUGGCUUCAGCCGUUUUCAUUUGAUGUACACGUGCUUUUAUGUGGGUAGUCUUGAUGGCAUAACCCACCACUCGCAAAGUAAGAGUUUUUGGCCCUUUUUUUAUUAAUAAAUUGUUGAAGAUGCUAUUCAGUUAGGGGUUUCUGCCUCUCUCUGUCCAAUGUUACAUAGAACCAUCUGACUUCAGAGAACACACCAUUCAGAUUCUAUCUAUAUAGUGUGGGAUAUUUCCCUCUCAAGUGGAGCCUUGCAAACCCAGAGCCAGGGGUGAUAGGGCUCUGGUAAAUGUGAGUUCUUUCCCCCAUUCCCCACUUUUACAUUUCAUUAUCCAGAUAGAGUGCAUUACAUUUGUUUCUAUUAUUUAUUUGCAGAUUUGUUGUCCUCAGUUUUAGCGUGCUUUUUUGGUAAACAUUAUUUAUAUCUGUGUAUACUUUUUGUGUCAUUGUGGUUUAGUGCAGCUAAACUGAGUGCUUUAUUACCUUCAUAGCACUUACACACUGUUGGUUUUUCAAUUUAUAAUAGUUUAAACAUGAUGUGUUAAUUUAAACCUAGACUCCAUAUUGAAAACAAUGACGCACUGAAUGCUCACAAAAUUGAGCAAUAGCUACGCUAUAAUGUUUAUUUUUAAUUUUUUUUUAUAUAACAACAUUUUUGUUCUGUUGCAAGAUUAAAUUGUUUGUGAACUUUCGUAUUCCAAGAUACAACACUGCUCAUAUGGCAUUGGUUACUUUACAUAAACCUUGGUUUUGUGAUUCUGUCUCAAUUGGAUACAUGUGAACGGGAAGUGCGUAGGCAUGCUUGAGGUAGAAAGUAUUUAGUAUUAUAAGAUCUUAUCCUUAUGUUUUCAGGCUAGUGCACCAACCAUCUUGCUGGAAAUCAACAUACAUAUUCUAAAAAUACAAAAUGUACUUACGGGCAAAGUAUGUGAGGUAAAUUGGGUCUGAUUGUUCAAGUUGAAGAGAUAAUUGUGGGACAGAUACAAAGUGGAAACAGCCAUUCAAUUUUAACCAAAUCCCAUUUACAGUAAUUACAGAAAAAUGUUCCAAACUGCAAUUGUGAUAAUUUUGUCAAUCUUUAAUUGAACUAUUGUUUUAUUAAUUCCUCUUUUAGCUACUGGAACAAAAAACAAAAUCAUGUAACUUCAUUAAUAAUAUAUAUACUCAUAAUGUUUGCUUUGUUUAUCUAAACUAUGAGGCUAUUUUGAUUGGAAAAAAACUUAGGGAAAUUACUUCAUCCAGUGAAUCAAAGAUAUUGUUGGCCAUGAACACAAAUUGUAUUAUUUUGUAUAAGUAAUAUAAUAAUCAAUUUAGAGAAUGAACAUACACCCAGAUACAUGCGGCACAGAUUAUGACUUGUGAAAGCAACCAAUGCCAUCCAGCAUACAUUGUGACUGAAUUUAAAUUACAAAGUUUGUGUUCUUUGAAACCUUGGAUACCUAAUAAGACUGAACCAUCCAUACUGUAUUCAAUAUAUUUCAUCAAAUGGACACACAAGUUCAGUAGAUAAUUUUGCCCAAAACUGUUUUAGCACUGAAAUCUGCAGCUGUUAUUUGUCUAAGGCUCCAAUACACCACAGCCAUUCUCAAAGACAGGAUAUGUAUGACUAAUAUAAGUUUAUGGGAGAAGUAAAACAGCAAACGGAGGGUUGCAUGCAAAUGUGCCUGGUUAUGGUGAUAUUCCAUCGAGAGACGGUGAAAUGUUAAGAAACAAACAAAAAAAAGUAUAUAAAGUAACUCAGAUAGCAAAUUGGCCAGAUCACUGCACUGACAUUUAGUAAAUGUCUCUUAGUUUAGUAAGAAGUUAAUACAAUAAAGCAUAGCCAGUUACAGACACAGUUGUGAUAUUACAAUGUUAUUACAAGACAUAACAACAUAUCCUGGUCCUUUUACAGCACAGGUUGUACUUUGUACAACAGAGUACAUGCAAAGGAUAACUAAAAUAAUCAUAAAAUAUUUUAUUGUGAGCGCAGUCAUUUUUUUGAUGAUUGAACAUUUUCUCCACAAGGUGUAUUUUGCCCAGUAAAUAGUACACUGAAGCUCUGUCAUGGUUAUUCAUUAAUGUAUAGUACGCAGAUGUAUCAAAUCAAUAAAGAUAAGAACAGUGAGUCUCUAUGUAACAAAGUAGCUUUUUGUGAACAGUCUUUUAGAGUCGAAGAAUGAAAUCCGUAAAGACAAUGUUGGCUUAUUUCCAGGUAAUUUCCAGUGGAUACAGGUAUAUAAACAAAAAAUGUGAAAAAUUAUGAUUAGAAAAAACCCUAUCAAGCCCAUGGAGGCAGAAAUUCAAUCAUGUAGUGUAAAAAUUACUUUUAUUAAAACACAAUUCCUUAUUCAAAUACCAUGCAAUUAAUAAAAUGCAAAGAAAUAUGUUUGGAAGUUACUGACUCUCAUUACUGGCAUCCAGCCCAAACACGUAAUUGGGAAUAGACUGUUGCAGAUCCACCUUUACCUGGUGAAACUAACGAGCACUCGGGACGCUGAGCAUAACUCAUAAUGUCUGCAAACCGUCACCUUUUAUAUUUGUAUUUCCAGAUAGUGAUAUACAUUUUAUUAAUUGCAUCUAUAGUAUUUGAAUAAGGAAUUGUGUUUUUUUUUUUUUUUAAAGUAAUUUUUACACUACAUUGUUGAAUGCCUGCCUCCAUUUAAGGCUGGUUGGUUUUUCCUACUCAUAUUUUUUUCUUAUAUUUUUUAUUUAUAUACCUGGAUCCAUUGGGAAUUACCUGGAAACAAGUCAACAUUUUGGACUUAAUGAUUACUUCAGGAACUAUAAAAGACUGCACAAAAGCAACUUUGUUUCAUAGAGACUCACAUUCUUAUCUAUAUUUAUUGGAUACAUCUGAGUAUUGUUUUAUUAUUAUUAUUGCCAUUUAUAUAGCACCAACAGAUUCCGUAGCGCUUUACAAUAAUAUGAGAGGGGGGAUUUAACUAUAAAUAAGACAAUUACAAGAAAAGUUACAGGAACGAUCGGUUGAAGAGGACCCUGCUUAAACGAGCUUACAGUCUAUAAAGUUUGUACAAUUUAAGAUAACUGUUUAGAUAUAGAGAAUAAGGUGAAUUCGUUUUUUGCACAUAUUAAGUGAUUUUAAAAGGUCAAUAGGUUUCCUAUGUUUCACCCUUUUUUGUCAAUUUUAAAUAUCUUAUUAAAAUAUUUUUUUUCUAGGCGCUCCUCUAGAACAUAGCUAAUUUAUUAAUUAAUGAAGUCUUGCCAUUUUCAUUUUACUUCUAAUGUAAAAACAAGACAGACUUACUUAAAAACAUCUUAACAAUUCAACAAUGUUAUCCCAAAUCUAGAAUUUCCCACAAUUCACACUUUAGCAAACAACUCUGUAAAUAUAUCUGUAUGUAUGUGACACCGCUAAGGAAAGUAAGAUAUAUUUGUGAGUUGACUAGACUAAUUAAAACCUAUCAACAAAGUUGCAUAUCAAUCUACAUUUAAAAAAAAGGACUUAAAUAAAUCAAGUUCAACAUUCCACACAGCUGUUUCCAUAGUUUAUCCAAAAGAAGGCAACUCCCUCCUCUUAACACUGUUAAUUCCAAAAUGGCAAUCCAAUAUCUACUUAAAUCAACAUACUGUUACCACCUACAUACCUGCUUGUCAGACCACCUUAUCAAUAAGUGUCCUAGCGAUAAAUCCUCAUAGAUUCUAAGCUUGUUUGAAUUCUGUCAAGUUUGUGCUAACGUUUGCUUUACAUUUUUAAACAUCAAAUACCUAUGCAAUCUCUAUAACAUUAACUAUUGUUCCUGAAAUCCACGUGUAAAGCAUAUAACUUACCAAAAUAGAAAGACAUUCCAAAGAUAGAUAACUGGCAUAACUAUUUCCAAGUCACUUCAGUUCUAAAUGUUCUUUGAGAAAUAAAUUGCAUUAUAUAUUAGCAUUUGUUUUUUUGUUCUUAAGGGAAGAAAAUAAUCUGAUAUUAGUUGAUAAGUUAUCUGAUUUCAGACACUUUCCCAUUUGGAAGAAGGCCUCACAAUUUUGGCACACUGGCCAUAGAAAAUUAGAUGUCAACUUUUCUGGUGGAUUCCAUUCAAUAGACUUCUUGCCUUCUGGACACAUGCAAAUUCCCUUGGCAGUAACAAUCCCCCCACCAUAUUGGAGGAAAGGAUGGAGAUUUAUUAAAAUGUUCUGAAAGUUUCUUUUAUUUUUGGUCUCUGAACUGUUUGUAUUUAUUAAACCAUUUUAAGCCUAAUGAAAAUGUGUGUCUGGUCAGUAACAUUAUUUGUGGACUCCUGAUAAAGAGCUGUUUUGGCAUUCUUUUGGUGUUUACUUCAGUCUAAUGAUGUGUCCACUGAGUACGGGUGAUGCCAGCUUUACAACAAAGUAACUGUCAGUGCAACUAGUGUAACACAAUAAUAAACUGGGAGUUUUGAAAAAUAAAUAAAUAUGAUUAUUAUUGUUUUUAUAUUUUUUUACAUUGUAUGCUCUUGAAACCCAGAAUCCUCGAAGAAUGGAAUAGAAGCCCAUUUUUAGAUGUCAUUUGCCAUCAGCUUAUUGUUUACUAGGGAUAUUGUGGGAGCCCCAGAACAACAAACCACUUUAAGAUGCUAAAUAAAAGUUUAUUUAAAAUAUUGUUUAUUAGGUAAUUACAAUGCAUAUUAAUACAUUAUUAUUAUUCCCUGAUAACAAUCUUAAAAACUGGUUGCACAUAUUCUGCUACAGUUAGAAAAUGUAGACUAAGUAAGUUAAUCACCUGUUCUGUGAAAAGGGAAUACAAGUACAAAGGAAAGAGUUGCAUGUCAUAAUCUCCCAAAUCAUACUCACACACACAGACAAACUUAAUUUGUUUCUUCUUUAUUCCUUUUACAGUAUUCUAAUUAAGCUCCAAACUAAUAUGAUUUUUGUUCUUCCAACAAAAUAUUUCCCACAUAUCAUUUAUAAUACCAAGCUGUGUUUGAUUUAGAGCUAACCAAAUGCAAGAAAAAUAAAACCCAGAACAAGUAAAUUAAUUGAGGUAGCAAAAGUUUUAAAGAGAAACUAUAAUGCCAGGGAAACACAGUUGUUUUCCUAGCACUAUAGCUUAAAAACCUUCUGUGACUUACCUAAGUCCAGCAAUGAUGUCCCUCAGCGCUGGCUCGGGCUCCACUUUUGUUGCUCCCCUGCUGUUGUCAGCCAGCAGGAGAGACAUAAUGCUCAUGUGCGUGACCGAGCUCGCAUUAGUACUUCCCAUAGGAAAGCAUUCUACAAUGCUUUCCUAUGGGGUUUCGGGUGAUGCUAGAUGUCCUCAUGCAUAGUGUGAGGACGUACAGCAUGAGUAAGGUGACCAAAAGUAGCCUUACGACCCGAAAGUUUCUCUAGUGGCUGCCUGGUAGACAGCCACGAUCGGUGGAGUUAACCCUAACGGGUAAUUAUUGCAGUUUAUUAAAAACUGCAAUAAUUACCUUUGCAGGGCUAUGGGACUUGGGAAUAUGCAUCUAGACUAGUUCAAUGAGCUGAAGUGGUCUGGAUGCCUGUAGUGUCCCUUUAAGUUGUAUUAUAGCCUGGUGGUCCUUUCCUUCUUUACAACUGACAGACUAAACAACCUAUGUUAGGAUGGACUAUACAAAAGGGGGAAAUAAAGGAGUCAGUACUUUUUUCUCUUUCUGUGAAUAACUAGCCUUCAUGCAUUAGGUUUUGUUCUGGGUGGUGCCAGUUAUUUAUUUGUGUGCGUAUGGCUUAUGAUUUGUGUGACAUUGAAUAUGUCAGUAUAUAAACUAAACAAUAGGUUUUUUUUCCCAUAUACAUUCAGUGUUUACAAAAAUGAGAAUCCUUUAAUCUGAAAUAUACAAAACCAUGGGUUAUGUUAUUAUGGUGACAACAAUGCCAUCUUAGCAUUCUGGAGACCUCAUAAAGCAUUUAACCUUUGAUCUGUAGUUUAUGAUGUCUCCACAACCACUUGCCUUUAAAUAUUUUAUUUAUUAGUAUUUCUGUCUGUCUUUUAUAUAAUAUAGUUAAAUUACACGAUCUUAAAGUGUAUGUACAACUGUGUCAUUAAUAAUUGAGUCUAUCCAUAUUUUCCACCCUUUGUGUAUCAUAUGUUGUAAAAAAAAAUUAAGAGAAAUCUUUAUGUAUAUUAAAAUAUUGUGAAUGGUGUUUACAGAGAGUGGACAAUAUAAGCACGGUGUCCGGGAAGCUAUACCUCUGAUGAAGUAUGCAAACAUGACUCUUGCAAAAUAAAGCAUAAAAUCUUACGCAAAUGUCAAUGUUUAUUUUCAAAAAUAUAAGCUAUCUGCUAAAGUUUUGGGGAGUUUAAAAAAGGAACUAUUAGUGUUUCUGGACAUUACACCAUUAAGUAAAUCAUUUGAAAAUACCUACAUCUAGUGAUAACCUUUUUAUUCACAUUAUUCUACAUUUUUGUUUAAAUGUUCAUUAACAGUUGACAUCACAAUCCAGUUUAUUAAUGGCAUAGACAUGCAUAAGAGGAUGCGAUGCAGGAAUAGUUUUUGUUUUCACUUCAACAUGCCAGGCUGGAUAUUUUUUUUAUUUAUUUAAUCCUCUGUACUAUGUUCAAAUACAUAGAAGAGAAGAGCUUAUAACUGUGGUGGGAAGGAGGGCAAGAUUAAGGUGUUCAGUUCACAGAUGGGGCUAAAUAUAUUGAUGUGGAUUUCAACAUUUCAUUCUAUCUUUCAGACCUCACAAAUACAUAUAGUAAACAUAGUAUUACAAAUCCUGGGGAAGUUACAGUUCCCCUUGAAGUUACCAAAUCAAGCAUGGUUCAAUGAUUUACACAAACUUGUCAACUCCUUCCUACUGGCAUAGGCAUCUUAAAAGUAAUUCACUGCAAAAUAAAGCAUAAAAUAAAUGGGAGCAAGCUGUUUAUUUGCAUCAAUUGUUAUAUGAGUAGACAUGGGACAGGCCACAGACAUGCCACAAUAUGUUUGUUGCAUAUUUCUGGACACAUCCUGGUUGGUAGGAGGGUGACUACAUGAUUGUUGGCUUGGGAACUAUAGAAAGGUUUUAAACCUUUGUCCCCUUUAUCGACAUUACUUCAUGUUUACUCAUGGUUACUAUCCCACUUCCUCUCAUCAACAUAUUUCCUUAGAACAUCUAUAAAUUAUCUCCUAGACAUAUAUUUUAGUACUUACUGAUGAAAUAUUUUAUAACCAGAUGAGUGCAGGUCUCAUGGGUAGAGGAGACAAAGAGCAAGCUUGAUAUAUAAGAUAACAGAUUCUUUAGGUGCUGCUCAAACUCCCUACGGAAACUGAAGCUGUUGUCCUUAUGUUAUAGGUUUCUACUGAAUUUCCUGUGGACCAUACCUUCUCCUUUAUGGUACAAUAUGAAAAAGAGAGUGGGAUUAAGGUAGGGCCAAGUAAAUGGAGCAAACUGCUCAAUCCAUUGCGAGAAGUUACCAAGUGUUACUCACAUCUGGAGGCCCACACCUUGUAUAGGUGGUACCUGACCCCAACCAGAUUGAAUAAUAUAUAUAAAACGCCUAAUAAAUGCUGGAAGUGUCAGACUCGGGAUCAAUGCUCCACAUUUGGUGGAAAUGUUCUUAUAUCCGCCCUCUAUGGCUAGAGGUAUCCAAAAUACUCCAUGAGUUGCAUAUUAAUUGCCUUUUGGACCAUAGGUAUAUCUAUGGCUUGACUUGCCACAGCUACUAUCAAUCUGUGAAAUGGCAUUAGCCUCUCAUGUAGAGAUGGUUGCCAGACAUUUAAUAACUUGAUUGACCUUUUAUGGGUAUUAAUUAAGAGCACUGAUCAAUGGUCCUUUAUGUUUGAUUUCUUUUAUUAUUUUUUCAUAAGGAUUUUUUUUUUGCCUUAUAAUUGUUGCUACUCAAUUGUUUUUACAUUUUGUAUUUGUGUCAGCAAGACAACAUACAGUUACUGACGUCAGCAUUACUCUGACUAUAUAUUUUUUUAAAUUGUAUUUUUAUUGAUUUUUAGAUUCGGCAAAACAGGUCAGGGAAAUAACAUAUACAUUGUGCGAUAUUAAGUCAACAGUAUAUAUAAUGUAUGCUAACAAGGUACAGAUCGAUGAUUCUGUUGUGAUGGAUGCGACUGCAUCUUCACUAUAGCAAAUAUUGUUACAUUGUAGUUCCAUUCCAUAAAACAAUCAUGUCCUUGCUUUAUAAAUUUACACCAACCUAUAGCACAGGAACUUUAACACUGAGGAGGGGAAAGGGAAGGGAAAGAUAUGGGACUCUAUGUAUGUCGUAAGACUAAUCCUUAUUUUAUGAGGAGGAGUAUCCGACAACCCUUGAGGCUUCUUUAUGUUUGUUAUAGAAGUUAUCCCAGGCCAUACGCCAUGUUUACCUCCCAUUAUAUGUUUCCUUGAUGACAUUUCAUAUGUUUUGACUAGUGAGACCUGGUCUAGUAUUUAUUUCAAUGUAGGGGUGGUAGUUUCAUCAUCUAGCAAGCAGUGUCAGUGUAGCCACCAAUAUGUGAAACACAAUACAUUUGUUAAUUGAUCAAUCUUCUCUCUCCACCUAGUCUGGCUUGGCUGUUUGGGUUUUAUUCUCUAAAAAAAAGUGGAGUUUAUCUGUUUCUCUUGUUGCUUCUUUGAUUUAAGGUAAGGCCAGUCCCUAGCCUGAUAGCAUCUAUGCAUUUCAGGUGCUAGCCACAUACCCCACUCUAAAUUGUAACAACUUGAUGGACAAAAAUUGAACACUAAAAAAAGAUACUAGGUGGUUAAUUUACUUGAUGUCGUCUUACUUUCAAUUAUAUUUUUCUACCAAUAUGUAGGUUUACAGGAUAAACUGAUGAUUAGUGGUGACAGUUAUUUGUAAGAAGCUAACUAUUAACAAUAACAACUGUGUGACAGUCCGUAAUGUGCCAAGGUUCUUUUCCUCUCUAUCCUUUGUAAGGUUAAAUUGCAACACAUACACAGUUUAUGAUAAAACCAUAAUAAUAAGAUAUGCAAAGGAAUUUGCUUUUGUUUCUAUAUUUUUUCUUUUACUCAAAAAUAAUAUUCUAGUCUAUAGAGUGGCAAGCAGCCUGUUUCAUUGAUUGAAAAGUGAAUACAUACAUGCAUGCAUUCCAACACUCCGUUUAGGUAGCAGUCAAAUAAAUUAUAGAUAAAAUAUAUUAAUAUAUAUACAAGUUCUAUGGUAUGUAGCCCAUCUUAUUCAAAAGUUUACACGCACAAUAGCAUUAUUAAAAUGGGGAUAUAGACAUUGGUUAGAAUAAUUAUAAUAACAAUAAAAAAAUAACCAUACUGUGACGAAAUGCCUUUUGUCACUGGAUUGUUAGGUGACAAGCUGCCCUUUGCCCCUGGCUGUUGGAGGAGCCUGAUUGCUUGCCUCCUUCCUCAUGACUAUGGCCCUGGGGUGUAUUGCCAUUUAAAAAGACUAUUUGGGGCUUAUUGGCUUCUAAAGACUGUUUCUGCAUGCCCAAAAGCCUGAAAAAGGCUUCCAGCUCAAAACUGCACAAUCAAUAAAAGAAUCAGUUAUGCCUUUGUAGUAUAACCCCUUGUAACCAAUACUAGCCUAGCCAAUAGAAAGAAAAACAUUCUUGGAUGGAUAAGUUGGCAAUUUCAUGUCUCCCAAGACUCAAUUCAUAGCCAAGUAAUAAAGAUUUUACCAAGUUGAAAUUAGCUCACCCUGGCAUUAAACUAUAUAUGUUCAGUUGUCUCCAUAAGAGCCCAAUUUUCAGAGACUCUGUUUAAGCAACAUAUAAUCACUAGUAAAAAUACUAUAAGAGCAUGAGUAGAAAACAAGCAAAAGGCCGCUGUAGGCAGACAGUUAAAUAAGCUAAUCUGCCCAGACCCACUAAUGGCUUCUUAUAGACAGAGCGCUGUUGAAACCUUCUCACAAGGACUCACUGCUCUUACACUGAUGCUAAGAUUUCUGUGGUCACUACUAUUUUGUUCCCAUAAGCUAAACACAGAGGAGCAAAACGAGGAUGGAGGGACACGAACUCCAAACUGGGACUGUCUCACUGAACAGUCUCCGACAUAUAUUACAUGCUGCUGCUGCUACCACCUUUUCCCAAAAUCCCACCACCAAAAUCCAGUAAAUGGUGGAUUUUGAUUGUUGAAGAUCUAGUAAUUUCCAAGUGCUCUGUUCUUUAAUAAAAUGUGUAAUGAAAUACCUUCAAGGGGUAGAUCAACUAAGGGGUGUAUCACAAAAUUGUCAAGUGUCACACACAUAAUGUAAACCGUUAUGGAGAACCACCAAUAUCACAAAACUAAAAGAAACCACAACAAAUACAAAAUAAAAAUGAGAAAUAAACAAUUGCACAUGUGGAAGUAAUACAAUACAGCUCAACGUAUUUGACACUCUCAGAAAUAGAUAAAUAAAACAGCAUAGAAAUCCAAAGGAAAUCCCCCCAUGAUAAAACUAUUGAAACAAGAGCUAUGCAGAAUAAGUGUCAUAAUUAGACUAAUAAAAGGAAGGUUUAGAAGGGAAAUUUCAACAAAGCACCAUAAUUAACUACCAUAACUCCAGAGUUGUCAUGAGUUGAAUAAAACCAACUACAAACAUAUAUUGGUAGGAUGCUACCAAAAAGUGUAACAUUGUGUUACUAAAAUAGUGGAAAUCAUUUAUGAUAAUAAAUCCUAAGUAUUCCAGAUGACUAAAUGCACUUUACUUUUUGAGACACUAUCCUGAGCUUUGGAAGCUCAUUUCCAAUUUCAUAAAUUUUUAUUUAAAAAAAAAAAAAAUCGGCUUCUAAUUAUUUUAUUGUAGUUUUGUUAUAUAUUUAUCAAACCUUAGAUUUGAUUAAUUUAGUUUAAAUUUUCUUAUCUGUAGAAUGCUUUCAUGCUACUCUUGGUUUUUACAUUUUAUACCUUGUAUCAUUAUGACAAUGCAAUGUUGCCUUUUAGUGAUCAUGUAUUCCCGGCCCUCUAUGAUACCGAAGUAUUUCCGAUGGCUAAAUGGAUCCACUAUAGAAGAACAGUGUAUGCUGCGUAGAUUAAUCUUGUUAGCUUUAUAUAAUGUUUUGAUGCUUUUUUUUGCGAUAUGCCUCUAAUGAAGUAGAAAGGUCUGCAAAAUGCGUUAGGCUGAAAAGCAUAUUUUCUUUGACACGCCUCCUAACUUUGGCAGGAAUUGUUGGAAUGAACAUUGAAGGCUUGUUCUGGUACUAAGGAUCUACCCAUGAGCAGGGACAGAGCUAGACCAGCACUCUGCCUAACAGUUGUUGGAUCAGAAUCGUAUUGCUAUCUGCUGUCUUGUGAACUACAAACAAGGAGGACUUUACUCCUGAUAUGACUAUACUUUUUGGGGAUUUUGUAAGUGUUUACAUUUUGUGUCUAAUAAAUCAUUUGUUUUUGUGGAAAGCAGUAUAUUCUGUUGAUUUUGUAUUCACCGAGGAUACAGUCUCUGACAAAGUGGAAUAUCAUCAUUGAAGAACCUUUGGAUUUUUUAUGGACAUUUAUUAUUCUAUAUUGCUCUGGUUUCCAUAAAUUCAUUGUGAGGUUUUCCUGCUGGAUUUCUAUGUUUUAUUUAAUUAAAUAUGUCUUAGCCUUUAAAUUAGUUUUAGUAACAAAAUGCACAAUUUCAGUAACAUGUGAGCAGUAUUCCAUUAUGUCAUGUUUUUCACUGAAACAAAAAUGUUUUUAAAAUUCUUUUUAUAUUUACUGUUCCUAAAAGCAGCCAAUUGUUUGUUCUAUUGAGUUGCUCGCCAAUAUGCAAAAGUGUUUGGCUGCACACUUGGCGACCUGCAGGUUAGACAGAAAGCAUAUGACAAACAAGCCCCUGUUCAUUCUCCUAACAUUUUUUACAUUUGACGCUCAAUAAUUUCUGCCGGGCCAUUACUGAAAAGAUGUCUGAGUGAAAGGGGGCAUGCAGACAUAGAUUUAAAAAAAAAAAUCAAUGAACCAUGGGAAUAAAUCUAUACACACUGGCUUUCAUUAAUCUUGUCUCAUGAAGCGUUAUAUUCUAGUUCAUUGUGUGGGAUGGGGGUUGAUGUGUUAUAAUUGAAGCUAAUUCAGAAAAGGGACAUUUUUGAUGAUUCCUUCAUUUUUUUUUAUAGGUACAGUUUAUUUCUCCCUUUCAAUUUUUUUUUUUUAAAGUUAAAAAAGAUUUAGAUGUAUAAAUAAAUCUAUAUAUUAAAAAUAUGUAUUUUAUGUGUUGUAUAUAACUCCCCUUCAGUAACAAAUAUUAGUGAUUACAUAAAACUAAAAAACAGCACAUUUUUAAACUGUUCUAAAAAGUCAAGUUUUUGGUGAAAAAUUCACUAACUAUUCAGAAUUUGUUUCAGUCAGAAAACAUCAAUCCCAAUCUCACAUAGUGUUAAUUUGUUUUUGUUUGUUUAACAGUGGUGGAAUUGUCAGUGCCAUUAUAACAAUUUAUUUUUCCAAGCUACUCCAAACUAGAAUGACCCACUUAAUAAUUUACUGUAUGGCUGUAUAGAACAUUUUGGCAUAGGGUAUAUGGGGACAAGUUUGUAAUGACAACAUAGUGUAUCAUUUGGUCCUUAAGUGGUUAGAACACACUUUUCAACCAUCUUACAAAAGUUAGCUAGUUGCAUGUUGAGGUUGUUUUUAUUUACUUUUUUUUCCCAUGUGCAAAUGAGGAACUAGGAUCAGAGAGGGUUUUUUUUCAGUAUCACAUGUUUUAGUUUUAAUUUAAAUAAGAACUGUCACUUGUUACUUAAUUGCACAUUCGGGUAUAUGAUAUGUCAUUUGUUUUGCCUAUUAAUUUAUUUUUUUAAAGAAAAAUCAUAAAAAUGCAUUUCUAAUGCAUGGCAUGCAAAAUGAAUAAGUCCAGUGAUUCCAUGGACAUAUCAUUAUGGGGAGAAUACAAUUAAAUAGCACAAAAGCAGUACCAAUCAUCCAAAAGUGCAACAAAGGUUAGUGUGUUUAUACUUCUCUAAGAUUUAUACUUAAAAAAGCACAGUACCUAUUUAAACAUAGAAACAUAGAAUGUGACGCAGAUAAGAACUAUUCGCCCCAUUUAGUCUGCCCAGUUUUCAAUAUAUUUAUAUUAGUCCCUGGCCAUAUCUUAUAGCUAGGAUAGCCUUAUGCCUCUCUAUAUUUAGGGUUUAAUCCCUGGAGUACCUCUGUAACCUUGAUUGAGGUUAGUAGUGCUGACUAGUUCAACACUUUAACCUUUUUCUCUCUUUCGUUUUUGUAUUUUGCCUUAUGCCUAUCCUACGCAUACUUAAAUUCCCUCACUGUGUUCACCUCUACCACUUUAGCUGGAAGUCUGUUCCAUGCAUCAACUACCCUCUCAGCAAAGUAAUAUUUCCUGAUAUUAUUUUUAAACCUUUUUCCCAUCUAAUUUAAGACUAUGUCCUCUUGUUGUGGUAGUUUUUCUUCUUUUAAAUAUAGUUUCCUUCUUUACUGUGUUGAAGAGGAAAUGUAUACCCUGUAAGAUCUGUAUUAUACUUGUAUUUGGAAAUUUCUCUCAAAAUAUGAUGUUCAUGCUUUAGGACACCAUCUUCAGACUUAUGAUGUUCAGACUUUAUGACACCAUCCUGUCCUAGGGUAGUGGAAUUCCCCAAGUCAGGGAAUUUCCCACGACAUGUGCACGCUUCUAUUUUACUCCAAACAUAGAUAAGAUGUUCCCAUGUAAAAUGACCAAGCCAUGACGUUGUAUCUUUUCCAAGUUAAAGUAAGGUCCUGACAUGACCUAAUUUAAAAUCUAAGGUAUAAAUAUUUGUUAUUAAUAUUAGACACAGAUAAUAGAAUUUGGAUGCAGAGACGCAUCUCCAUUUUAUCAUGACUGUCAGGUUGACUUGUUCAAGAGGGUAUGUUAUUCUAUUUUACUGUUAUUGCAAGCAUAUACUUUAAUCUUAUUAACUCUGCUAUGAAUUAUUGUAAUAGAUUAUUACAUUUUUAUAUGUUUAUAUUUUUAUUUAAUAUAGUAUUUAAAAAGACAAAACUUUAUUGCUUCCAAGACAAUCCCUAUUUUAUAAUGUAUUCUCUAUUAUUUAUAUAUUUGAAAUAGAGGAACUAAGAUAUCUGUAUGGUUAGCCAUAAUAGUGGUAAAUAGGAGAACCAACAGCGGUCACAGUGCUGUUUUUUUCUAAAACAAUAAAAUAAUAAAAAAACAGUAAAUAGUGAAACUAACCAUUUUUUACUAUUUCACUAGGAAUUAUGUGAUAGUCACUGUUAUCCUCUAAACCAAAUAAUUGCCUAAUUUGUCAAUUCUAAUUUAACCAAUUAUCCUUUUAACUUGGCACGUUUCCUAUAGUUGAACAGGACAAUAGUGCCAUUGAAAUUGUGAUACACUUUUAGAGCAGCAUUAAUAAGAGUGCUGUUAAUACUACUGUUAAGCAUUUGGGUGGAGAAUCCAAAGGUUAAUAUCUGGGUUUGGGGAUUACUAAUAAUACAUGUAGAAUUGGCACUUGGUGUAGCCCCAUAAGACUGGUUAGGAGUUACACCAGAACACAAGAUGAUGUGGCCAGUCCUGACAUCUCCUGUGUCCAUGUUUGUUUAGAAAAUUAUCCACAUAGUUUCUGGGGUGCACCUUUGAACGCCCUCUGUCUAAAUCUGGUGGCUUGAACUCAUAGUAUAUGAUAAUAGUAAUAAUAAUAGCGAGUUGAACUGCAGUCUUGCUAUGUCUACGUUGUUAUCAAUGUGAAGCUGACAUUUUUCGGAGUUUUCGAGGCACUAUUUAAAUAAUGAAUCUUUUUUGACAUACACUAUCAUGCCGAACUUACCUUUCUUUAAUCGAUUACUCUUCUCUCCCUCUCUCAGGAUCUGUUUUUUAUUUCUUCCUGUCUGCUCUAGUUUUCUUUAAAACAUAAGACAAAGUAGGGACUAUUUGUCUUAUGGAGGUUUCCUACGCCUGACUAUCUCUGACCAGCGUAGGAGCAAAGUGUGCUUCAUUUCCGAAGGUCAGAGACAUUUUCCCACAAUUCUAAGCUUUCCUCCCAGUUUCCACGAUGCUUCCUGUCAGUAUUCCCGAACAUCCUGUCAUUUAGAUAGGACGCCGGCGAAACUGCCAAACAGAAUGAGAACAGUUUAUUAAUUCGUGUUAGGACACAAUUCGGGACUUUGUUCAUAUCAGGAUUUCAUUCUAAUGAAUGAAAUUCCAUUUCUAUUCGUGCCGCUUAGUAGAUAGCUCUCUAAUUCCCACGGUAUUAGGGAGCUAUCUACCAAAAGGCUGAAAGACCUAAAUUGGUCUUUAAGCCAAAUUUACUAAUACUAAGUAAAGGUUACUUAAUAUUAGUAAAUGGUGCCCCUACUUGCUAUACGGUGAGUAGGGGCAUGUCUACUAAACAGUAAUCAGUCUGUGGCUCCAAACAGAGGCAGUGAGUGGGGGUUAAUAAAUCAAAGGGGAACUAGUGUCACCCCAGCCCACACCUAUGGGUAGCAGGUCUAGGCAUCAUGCCUUUGUACACCUCCCAUCCACAGGCUUUGAGAAGGGAAUACUAAUGACAAUAGGGACCAAAAUUGUGGUCAGAAAGCCUCCCAUGUGGUUGAUGGUCCCCUAGCAAUCCACAAUUAAAAAAAAUGUUUGCAUACUCUCUUUACCCUAAUAAUAGUGAGACGGUGCUGAUAAAUUUAAAUUUAUGGUAGUUAGUUCUUUUAUUCCCCCCUCACUAUUUUUAGGGUGAGGGGGGUAGGUAGGGGAUUAUUUUUUAUUUGGGUGGCCUUUAUGGUCCCCACCUGCCGCUCAGGAGUGGGUGCCGCGGGGAGGACAAUAACCCCCCAUUGUCAUUUAUUGCCCCCACCCGCCGCUCAGGGGUGGGGGCCGGGAGGAUUUACUAGGGUUUUUUUAUGUUUUUUUUUUUUAACAGUUAGCAGCCACAGGCUGCUCACUGUUUCGUAGACAUGCCCCUACUCACGGUAUAUUGUUAUUAUGGGGGUCAUAUUGACCCCCAUAGAGUGAGGGGAGAUCUGGGGGGCUUUGAAAGUGGCGGGGAGCUCUGCUCCCUGCCGCUUCUAUCUUUACAUUUUACAAGGAGGGAGCUUGUUUGUUUGUUCGUCUGACAUUUCUAUUCAUUCAAUCAUCUUUCUGAAUGAAUGAAUAAAUUAAUUUCCCAUUCGCAUGCCCAAGUGUUUAACUGGGUAUGUGCAGGAAUUUUACAGCACUAUCUAGUGUGGGCAGAUGACGUGUCCCACAGGGACUUCAUCUACACACACAAAGAUGGCGGCGCCCAGAACCUAGGUCUGGGCAUGAAAUAAAGUUUAAAAAAUAGGUAAAAUGGGCAGCUUAGGGGCAUUUGGUGGUGACUAGGGGGUAAAUUAGAUGUAGUGGAGUCGGGAGGGGGAUUUAAAAAAAAACAGAAUGUAACCAUGACAGUGCCGCUUUAAUUCAUCUGCUGUCUCGGACAAAAACUCCUAAGCCUAAUUUUACUUUAUGUCACCUUGUUUGUAUGAACAAAUACAUCUCUGGUUCCCAUUCAGCUGCCUUUUCCAGAUUAAAUGAUGUGUUAUAAAUGGAUACAUUUUUCAAAACUGCAAGUAUAUCUGGAAUACACUCAGGAUAGACGUGGGGAAAUAUAUGUUAAGACACUCUUACAUACACACACAUGCACAAUUUUUUUUAAAUAUAUUUAACAUAUUGAUAUAUUAAUGCAUUGCACUUUAUAAAAUUGGCUAAAUAUGCUCAUCUAGUCCCUGAUUCAUUUUUUUCAUUGCUUUAUAUUACCAUGUUGUUUGCUCAUUCUAGAGAUGAGCAGUUCCCUCUUGAGAUCCUUCUAUUGACCUUGAACAUUCUUUGCCAUUCCAUAGAAAUCCAAUUUCCUUACUUGCUCUUCAUAAUUUAAUCUUUCUUACAUUUAUUAAUGCUGUAGAAGUCUUUGUACUUCUUUUCAAUUGCAUAAUGGAUAUUGUGAGCUGCAGCACAAAGAUACACAAAUUCCAGAUGAAGGCUGUUGUAUAUUUUUCAUAUACUCUCUCCUUGUAGCACUAGUGUUAGACAUAUAUGGUUAUAUGGUAUUAUCGUUUUUAUAUAUUUUUUUCAUUUUAAAAAGAAUUGCCAAGUUAAUACAUUACACAUUACAUUAUCUAUCACUUUUCUAAAAGAUCAUAUUAAGUUGUACUAGUAUCAUUCUGAUUUUAAGAAUUUUUUUAGUAUAUAAAAUUUAUAGAAAAUGCAUAAAAAGGAAAAAAACUGCUUUUAUACAGAAUGUGCAUUUCAAAAUCUUUAUUAAUGACUUAAAUCGCUUAACUUCAGGUAGAAGCAUGGGUAUAUUUUUUUUCCAAUGCUAAAGUUAAUGUAGAACGUAUAACUAUUGGGAUACUUUAGCAUUGCACAGUAUGGACAUAUUUUUUUAACCAGAUUCUCAUAUUUAUUUUGAGAUUUGUGGUUCUAAGUAACAUUUUAAUAUUUAAAACAGUAUAUUUUGUUCGUUACAUAGUUACAUAGCUGAAAAGAGGCUUGGGUCCAUCAAGUUCAGCCUUCCUCACAUUUGUUUUUUGCUGUUGAUCCAAAAGAAGGCAAAAAAAAAACAGUUUGAAGCACUUCCAAUUUUGCAACAAGCUAGGAAAAAAAAAUCCUUCUUGACCCCAGAAUGACAGUCCGAUUUAUCCUUGGAUUAAGCCGUUAUUACCCUACAUUGAAAAGAUUAUAUCCUUGAAUAUUCUGUUUUUGCAAGUAUGCAUCUAGUAGUUGUUUGAACAUCUGUAUGGACUCUGAUAAAACCACUUCUUCAGGCAGAGAAUUCCACAUCCUUAUUGUUCUUACAGUAAAAAAACCUUUCCUUUGCCUUAGACGAAAUCUUCGUUCUUCCAGUCUAAACACAUGACCUUGUGUCCUAUGUAAAGUCCGGUUUGUGAAUAGAUUUCCACACAAUGGUUUGUAUUGGCUCCGAAUAUAUUUGUAUAAUGUUAUCAUAUCCCCUCUCAGGCAACAUUUUUCGAAACUAAAUAGGUUUAAAUUUGUUAACCUUUCUUCAUAGCUGAUAUGUUCCAUUCCUUUUAUUAAUUUUGUAGCCCGCCUCUGCACUUUUUCUAGUGCCAUAAUAGCCUUCUUUAGAACAGGUGCCCAACAUUGCACAGCAUAUUCAAUAUGUGGUCUUACCAGUGAUUUAUAAAGAGGCAAAAUGAUAUUCUCGUCCCGAGAAUGAAUGCCCUUUUUCAUGCAUGACAAUACCUUACUGGCCUUGGCCACUGCUGAUUGACAUUGCACAUUGUUGCAUAGUUUGUUGUCUAUAACAAUUCCCAAGUCCUUUUCGUGUGUUGUUAUCCCUAAUUCGCUUCCAUUAAGGGUAUACGUUGCUUGUGUAUUCUUUACGCCAAAGUGCAUAACUUUGUAUAUUUCAACAUUAAAUUUAAUCUGCCAUUUGAGUGCCCAGUCCCCCAGUCUAUCUAAAUCCCUCUGCAGCAAAGUAAUAUCUUGCUCACAUUGUAUUAGUUUACAGAGUUUUGUGUCAUCUGCAAAAGAUUAUAUCCUUGAAUAUUCUGUUUUUGCAAGUAUGCAUCUAGUAGUUGUUUGAACAUCUGUAUGGACUCUGAUAAAACCACUUCUUCAGGCAGAGAAUUCCACAUCCUUAUUGUUCUUACAGUAAAAAAACCUUUCCUUUGCCUUAGACGAAAUCUUCGUUCUUCCAGUCUAAACACAUGACCUUGUGUCCUAUGUAAAGUCCGGUUUGUGAAUAGAUUUCCACACAAUGGUUUGUAUUGGCCCCGAAUAUAUUUGUAUAAUGUUAUCAUAUCCCCUCUCAGGCAACAUUUUUCGAAACUAAAUAGGUUUAAAUGUGUUAACCUUUCUUCAUAGCUGAUAUGUUCCAUUCCUUUUAUUAAUUUUGUAGCCCGCCUCUGCACUUUUUCUAGUGCCAUAAUAGCCUUCUUUAGAACAGGUGCCCAACAUUGCACAGCAUAUUCAAUAUGUGGUCUUACCAGUGAUUUAUAAAGAGGCAAAAUGAUAUUCUCGUCCCGAGAAUGAAUGCCCUUUUUUAUGCAUGGCAAUACCUUACUGGCCUUGGCCACUGCGGAUUGACAUUGCACAUUGUUGCAUAGUUUGUUGUCUAUAACAAUUCCCAAGUCCUUUUCGUGUGUUGUUAUCCCUAAUUCGCUUCCAUUAAGGGUAUACGUUGCUUGUGUAUUCUUUACGCCAAAGUGCAUAACUUUGUAUAUUUCAACAUUAAAUUUCAUCUGCCAUUUGAGUGCCCAGUCCCCCAGUCUAUCUAAAUCUCUCUGCAGCAAAGUAAUAUCUUGCUCACAUUGUAUUAGUUUACAGAGUUUUGUGUCAUCUGCAAACACUGAAACAUGACUUUCAAUGCUGUCUUCAAGAUCAUUUAUAAACAUGUUAAAUAGAAGGGGUCGCAGAACAGACCCCUGACCAGCUUGAAAAUUUACCAUUAAUGACAACUCUUUGUACUCUGUUUUUAAGCCGAUGUUCUACCCAAGGACAAUCAUUUUCAUCUAGACCAAUUUUCUUGAGUUUGAACACUAAUCUAUUUUGUAGAACUGUAUCAAAUGCCUUGGCAAAAUCCAAAUAGAUCACAUCCACUGCAACACCCUGAUCUAUACUUCUACUUACUUCUUCGUAGAACGCAGUCAAGUUUGUUUGACAUGACCUGUGCUUCAUAAAACCAUGCUGAUUUUUGCGGAUAACCAUGUCCUUCUCAAGGAAUUCUUGAAUAUUAUCCCUUAAUAACCUUUCAAAUAUUUUCCCAGCCACAGAAGUUAAGCUCACAGGUCUAUAACUAUCAGGCAAGGAUUAUGAAACCUUUUUGAAUAUAGGAACCACAUCUGCCUUCCUCCAAACCUCAGAAACACUUCCUGAAAGAAAAGAAUCUUGAAAGAUUAAAAACAGAGGUUCACUUAUUUCUACACUUAGUUCCUUAAGUACUCGUGGAUGGAUACCAUCAGGCCCUGGAGCUUUGUUUAUAUUAACUUUAUUUAGUUGCUGCAGCACCUUGUCUUGAGUUAACCAAUUACAAUUAUUCUGCAAGUUUUUAGUAGCAAUCAUUUGCACAUCUAUUGCCAUGGGUUCUUUCUUAAUAUAUACGGAGGAGAAAUAGUUAUUUAAAAUUCCUGCCUUUUCCUGGUCUUCAUUAACUAACACCCCUGUUUCAGUUUUUAGUGUACCUACACUUUAAUUUUUGGAUUUUUUAGAAUUUAUGUACUUAAAAAAUGCUUUGGGGUUGGUUUUGCUCUCAUUUUGCUCUCAUUUUUUCAUUUUGAAGUUUAGCAAAUCUAAUUGCCUUUUUGCACGCCUUAUUUGCUUCCGUAUAUCUUUUAUAAGAUGCAUCUGAUUUGUCCGAUUUAAAUGCUUUAAAUGCCAUUUUCUUAUUUUUAAUCUCUUGUUUUACUUCUCUACUAAGCCACAUUGGUUUUAAUUUGUUUCUUUUAUAUUUAUUACCCAAUGGUACAUACUGAGAAAUGUACCUUUCUAAUAUUUCUUGGAAGAUGAUCCAUUUAGCCUCAGUGUUCUUUUCACUAACGAGUUUUUCCUCUUUUGUGUAUUUUGUAUAAAAUAAGUUUAUUACAACAGGACCAACAUUAAGCAAUACAUGUUCCGAGUGUACUCUCUAAAUCACAGGCUUAUGAUGCUUGGAGUAACCCUUUAGGUGAACCACCACUCCACACAUAAGUGUUCAAUUAAGUAGUUUAACCCCUUAAGGGCCAAACUUCUGGAAUAAAAGGGAAUCAUGACAUGUCACACAUGUCAUGUGUCCUUAAGGGGUUAAGCAGAAUUACAUGCAGCCAGCAUUUUACCCCCCACAUUAAAAUCCGAUUAGGAUCUAAAAUAUUCUGGCACUUUGAUUUAUAACCAAAUACUUCAGUUAAAGCUGUAUAUUUUGUUUGUUUGCUCUUUCUUUUCAUGUUUAUUUUGUAUAAAAUAAUCAGGGAUCAAAUAUUAUAAAUACAUCUGGCACCUCAAAAUUAAUUUUACAAUCCAUUGAUUUGUUCAAUCUUUCUUUCAAAGGAAAAUAAGUAGACGAGUAUUUAAAUCAAAUGUGGAUGAGUCGUCUCUCUGCUGUAUUGCAAUUAAUUCCAAAGUUUUAAAUGAACUGUUACUAUUAGUUUUUUUUGUUACGUGACAGAAAGGUGUCAAUGUGUUUGCUGAAGUGACGGUUUAUUUAAAAUUAACUCUUAAAAUAUUUGAGAGUGGAAUAAUAAUAUAUUACGGUAUGGAGUAUCUUGGAAAGUGGUCAGAUCUUUUGCACCUUUUUAGGAAAUGCAAACACUGAACUUUCCUCAUAGAGAUGCAUUGAUUCAAUUCAUCUCUAUUAGGAGAUGCCAAUUGGCCAGGGCUGUGUUUGACUUCACAGUCUCAGCCAAUCCUAUGGGGAAGCAUUGUGAUUGGCUCAGAACAACACUUCUGAUGAUGUUAGCAGACAGCUUGCUAUUCUGAGGCACACGGGGGCAAAGCCAGUAGCUUCAGGCUUGAAUACAAGUAAGAUUGUACUAUUUAGGGAGGCAAGAGAGGGCCAUGGGGGCUAAAUGGUGGUUUUAACAAUAUAGGGUCAGAAAUAUAUGUUUGUGUUCCUAUAGUGCUCCUAAUAAAUUCUUAUCUUACAGAUUAUUAUUGUGCCAUGUUUAGCGAAUCAAUAUUCAAUAAACGGUAUUAUCAAACCAAGUUUAAAUCAUGCAACAGUUAUAAUAAUGAAGAACUUCUGCAAGAGAUGAAAUAAGAAAAGCAUUUUUUUUGUUCAGCAAUGCAGUAUUUUAAACCAAUAUUUGACAUGCUAUAGUGUAUGUGUUUUCAUACAAAAUGUAGAAUUUCCUACACUAAUCAAACAAGAUGUUAUCAUGAGCUAGUAAAUUUGUCGGAGUAAAAAAAUGCUUUCUUCUAACUGUGAUCCUACUCCAAAAUAAAAAUGGGUAGAGGGUAUUAUAAAAUAAAUUGGGGGACCUCCAAACAGAGGCAGUGAGUGAGGGUUAAUAAAUCAAGGGGGAACUAGUGUCACCCCAGCCCACACCUAUGGGUAGCAGGUCUAGGCAUCAUGCCUUUGUACACCUCCCAUUCACAGGCUUUGAGAAGGGAAUACUAAUGACAAUAGGGACCAAAAUUGUGGUCAGAAAGCCUCCCAUGUGAUUGAUGGUCUCCUAGCAAUCCACAAUUAAAAAAAAUGUUUGCAUACUCUCUUUACCCUAAUAAUAGUGAGACAGUGCUAAUAAAUGUAAAUUUCUGCAAAAAAAUAAAUUAAAAAAUUAUACUCACCAUCAAACAUCUUCACUCUUCUUGUAAGCUAACCAAUUAGAGUGCUCUGACACAUAUUUUCACUUAUCUUGAGGCUUGCAUGGAAAUAUUCUCCACCUUAUUUUAAUAAUAAUAAUAGCCCCCCCACCUACCACCCAUGGGUGCGGGCUGGGAGGACAUCAAGUCCCCCUGUUUACUUAAUUAGAAGCCUAAAUAAACUGUGCAUGGUUGGGUCAUGAUAGACUUUAAAAUAUUCACCCAUUUUUGUAUUUAAUAGCUCCCAUUCACUGGCCAUGGGAGUGGAAGUUGAUCUGUCUACACACCACAUUAUUAAAGUUUAAGCCCCCAACCGAUGUUCAUAGCCUAGAGGCACAUCUGCCAGGUCUCCAUGUGUAUUUUAUUAGGAACUGGGCAAUAGCAGUAUAUGCCUAGUCACUAGUUUUUAAUGACUGUGAGCAGCUGUUGUAGGUACCUGACAAUUGGUGUUAUAUUGCCUCAUGUGAUAUUUUGAAAAGAAAGAUACUGGUUUUGCAUUAUUUUUCUUUUUUCUUGCAAUGUGCUUCUCAACAAAAGGUUAGUGGACAAAUCUCUAAAAACUUAAACUGAUAUAUAACGCAUACACUUUGCAGGUAGAUCCUGAGCUGGGCAAAUCAUGGUUUAAAACUGAAACAAAUGUUUUAAAAGUUUGCAUCAAGAUGUUAAUACACUAUUCUCAUAUUUAUUGUUGUUAUGCUUUCAGUUACAUGAAUUGCAUAAGAAAGGAACACGUUGGAAGAUAGAGGAAACAGUGUGGUCACAUUUAAGAAGCCAUUUCAAGGUAUGCACUUCUUGCCAUUAAUCAUGCAUAAGAAAAAUAAACAUCCCUCUUUAUAUUUUGAAAGAACAGCUCAAUAGAAAUUACAGUGAUUGAAAUAAAAGCACAUUAUAUAAAUUAUUCAAUAUAUCAUGUUCUCUUUCUUACUUUAUGUACAGUAUGUAUAUAUUAUUCGUGGUAUAUAUGCUUAAGAUUCAGACUUGUCUUUCAUAGAGAUUGAUAAGAGCAUGCUUUACUGUAUUGAUGCACAAAAAAAUAAAUGAAGCAAAAAUUAAAGUGAUUUAACAGAUUAUUUCAAGGAACACCUAGACCAUUAAGGAUCUAACCAAUGCCUUUUUUUAAAUAUUGGAGAUUGUGCUAAAUGUAGUGGUUCUAGUACGCUCAAAUUAGUCGAUAUCCUGAGAUCAUAAUGUUGUAAUUUGUAGUGUUUUAGGGAGACUUAUAUAACAAAGAAACUGGCACAACAAACAAAAAACAUCUACUAAGAAUAAUAAAAGAUCAAUCCGCUACUUUUUAAGUUCAACUGACCAUAAAUUAAUCAGGCUAACCAACAACUUCUUCCCAAUUAAUAAUUGCCCUCUCAAAAACAAGUAAAUGUGGGCAUUAGUUAAUGUGCUCCAAAACCGUGUUCAGCAGGCAAAAUUUAUGUCCAAUUGCCUAAACUAAAGUCAACAACCAAAGACCAGAUAUCCUUAUCUUCCAUCCACAGAAAUUGAUUUACUGAUCCAGAACUUAAAUCUGUGAACUAUCCGAAAAGAAAGUGAUAUAUAUAGAUGAUCAUAAAAAUAAUAAAGUUUAACACAAUACCUAUAGACUGUUUAAAUGACAAAAUAAUAGUGAGUAACAAGCCGAGGCCAUGGAGUGCAGAAAUCAUCAGAGCAACUGACAAGCUAAAUCAAGGGGUGCCAGAAAUCAACGAGAUCAAAAAGAGCAAGGCGGGUCAAAUACCAUGUAACAGAGAACAGAACAAGUUGCACACUAUUAGAUGUAUCAAAUGACGACAAUAGGACAAUGAGCUAGUUAUCUGAGGGGUUUAUAUAAGUAGCAGUGUUUGUGGAUUGAUUUGCAUCAUUCCUACUUGCCCAAAAUAUGUGCAUGUGUCUUGCUUUAAAAUUGUUGCCAAAAUUAUGAUGUUAUGGUGAGUGGUGCAACUGACCACAGACAGUCUUAUAUUACCCACCUCCUUGUUCAAAGGCUGCACAUUAAUCAGAAAUAAUUGCCAGAGUGCAGUGACAAUUGCAGAUUAAAUCCAUGAAGUAGGUUGGGUGCAUGAACAUGGGAUGCACUGAUUCAAAACUUUUUCUGAGGUCCAAACACUUUCCAGUGGAUUAGAUACUGGAGCUUGCCCCUACGACUUCUAUGCUCAUGGUGGAUCUCCUAUUCUUCUUGGAAAUCUGUCAACAACAGGCAUAGUAGAUCUACAUAAACUAUUUACAUGACAAUAACUCAAGUAGGGAGGAAUGAAACUAGUUGAGUUCAAAGAGGUAAGUCCAAAGAGUAAGAAACUUGAUUGAUACAGAGUAUUUUGUAAGGACCAAUAUAGCGAGGAGUAGAUUUUAUGGAUGGGACACAAAUUUUGUUUUUUGGCUUUUCAAUAUAGGCGACUGUGGUUAACAAUUCAUACCUUAUACUCUACGUAUAGUUUGAGUACUCAGCCAUUCCCUUUUACCCAGCCACAGCUUUGGUAAUCUUAGUCUUGGAACUUUAGGUGAUGAUAAUAAUGAACUGGGACAAGAACAAAGACCAACAAACCUGUCUAGAUGAUAACUUUUUGCCUCACUGAUGUACUAGUGGUUUUUAUGAUAGGUGAGGACAAUGACUGGUAUCUUAGAACAUUUCAACACAGAACAUAGUUCUCUAGCUAUCUCUUCUAUGCCAGUAAUAAUAAUAAUAAUACAUCAAGUAAUGUCUUAGAAAAGUAACCACAAGUAUGUAAUGGCUGAUCAUGCCACAUGAUGUUUCACUAAAUAGUCCUUACUCCUGUUUCUGACAAUAGGGAUCACGUCAUACAAUAUUGGUGUUAAUGAGAAAGCUGCUUUUAAUGCAUCAAAGGCUAACACCAUGUGUAUGUAUCAGAACCUUUUCUGCCAUGAUAGUGAUUUGGGUGUUAAUGAGGAGAAAAUAAUUAGCUGGCUUAGCCAAUAAAUUGCUGAAUAAGUUUUAACCUUUGAGGUAAUGGGUAGCUGAGUACAGCCUCUAACUUCUCUGGGAACAUUCAAAAACAAGAACCAUAGAUCGAAACCCCUAAAAAUUGCACCAAACACUGGUCAAAAACAAAUUAGGUUUAUAGAACAAGCCGUGGUCUAGAUGGUUUUUGAGGAUCUUUCUUGCUUGCUUGGAAAUGGAACAUCUCAAUCCCUUUUAGAUGUCUAUUAUUUCCCUAAGUGAACGAAAGUCAUGUUAAUGUUUUAUAAGUAACGUCAUUCCUCCUAUCGCUGCAUGUGAUAUCAAUGUUCAUGUCCUGAGGUGUGCAUCAUAGAAAGAUGGACUGGCAUUAUCUCCUUGUCACUGUCAAUUUGUAGUGCUGCUGAGUUCAGUAUGGAGCCAUUUUCUGACAAACCCUCUGUACUGAAAGCAUUAAGUUACAGAAAAAUCUAAAGAAUCCACACUCAAUGGAACACAUUUUCUUGAUCACAGUUGGAGGAGCCAAUCUGAUAACAUGAGAAGGCAGCAAUGGAUUUAAAGUCUCUGCUAGUUGCUUUAAGCAUAUUAUGCGUUAUAAAUUUUGAACAGAAUAUUUAGGUUUCACCUGCAGAUUAUUAAUGACUUGUUUAAACAUUUUAUGGCAUAUCACAGAAACACUGUUUUCAAUCAGCCACUUAUAAAUAAUACAAGACAUUCCACUCGCCUAAUACAGUUCUGUGCUGAACAUUUUUGGCAGAAUCAAUAUACCCUAAUUUACCGCAGUUUUAUAAUUGUGCUGUUCCUACUGCAGUCCAAAAAGGAUUUAAAAAAUGUUGGCAUGAUAUCAGCCAUUGGUUUGAGAUAUGUGCUCUUUUAAAUUGACAUUUUAAAAUCGAAAGUAAGGGUCAAAAAUGCAGUUUAUGUAGAUCUCACUUGAGGGUAGAGGACUGUUUUUCAUUUAAUUGCCUAAACAAGGAAGCAAAUAUUGGAAACCACACGAAACAGAGCGGUUCAGUUUUCUGUAAGCUGCAUUGUAUUAGUGGUCCAUUCAGUACCAAUUACCCUUCAUUUCAUAUGUUGGAAAAAAUAUACCAACUGGAAACAAAAUUGGAUUGGCAGUAGUGCUAUUUAUUGUUCAAAAUGGCAUAUGUGUCUCGUACCUAGAGACUGAACAAAAGUACUUGUCACUAACAAGUCUGCUCCUUUUUGGCAUCAAGCAAAGCUACAAUGUAGGAAUCGGUUGACUCUCAUCUUACUGCUCUUGGAGGACUGUAAAAUAACAUGAAAAAUAACGUGAUUAAUUGAAAUCUAUUAUGACUAGACUAGGAACCAUUUGUAAUGUCACACAUUUUCUGGUCAUUAUUAUUUAUAUUAUAUUGUACAUACUCAAUAUAUUUUAAAUAUGGAGUGCAAUUUCAAUUUUUUUUUCUAAAAUGAAUAACUGCCAAAAAUUAAUACUAAAAAUUGCAUUAUUCUGUCAAACAAUCAUAACAACAUUUUUUUCCCCCAAAUGGUCAUAUAUUGAUCUACAGCAUAUUUGAUCAGCGAAAGAUCAUUUAGUCCUUUGAAAUAGUAGUAGUACUGGCUCCUGUCCAGCAAUCUGUAAAUAGACUCUAUUCUAUGUAAACUGUAAAUGCUGACAGUUGUUAAAAACCCUUUGUAGAUUUGAUUUGUGACCUUUUUCCCCUCGAUCCGUUCAUCCACCCUUAUGAGUUCUUUGUUUGGCUCCUGAUGCAUUAUAAAGUGUGACUGUGAUUAUUGUAUGCUCUCAUUCUUUUAACUAUCUAAAAUCAACUAAACAUAUUAGUGUUAGCAUAUGGAUUAAAGUAAAAAUGCAGACUGUACCAGCAUUAUUUUUUCUUUCUGUAAAUAAAAGAGACUUACUCAGGGAAUUUGGACAUUAUGCUUUGGUCACAUUUAAAUAAACACUAAAAUAAAAAUGUCUGUAUUUUGAAUGACCUGUACUAAAUACAGUAAAAAUAUCCUCCGAAACAAAUCACAGUAUCUCUCCACACCGGCCAUUUUUUCAAUGCAUACAGUCAAAUGAUAGCAUUGUGAUUCACUGAUGAUCUAAAAAAAUAUUAAUAAUAAUGCAUCUAUAAGGUAUAUAAGUUUGUGUUUAUUUCAUCUUUACAUGUUAUAUAUUACAUUAACAUAUAGACAUUACGUAUGGUAUUAUAAUUAUAUAUGAUAUCUCAAUAUGCAAAGAUUGUUUUGAUUUUUUUUAAUACACUGAAAUGUUUGAGAAUGGGAUCUGUACAAUAGAGAUACAUGGCCAAAACAUGUCCAUAACUGCAAUCUGAACAGAGAUCAAAUAAAUAGAUAAAAUACGUAUUUCAAAGUUUGGACAGGUCAUGAGUUGUUUUACAGAGCUGGAGAGCAUUACAAUGCUCGCCGCCAUCAUUUUGGGAAGCAGACAACUUCACUUGGCACAUUUUUUACAUAAAGGCAAAUAGAUGGGGAAACAAUGAGACUAAUGCACAAAUAUAAAACAUUAUUUUCAGAGUUUACAUUUUAGUAGAUCUGUUAUUCAAAAUUGUUGUAUUUUACCUUCAUAAAUUGACUGGACUUGAAAUAUUCAAGCUACUCAGAGGUACUAUUUGCAGAUGAAGAAUUUGCCAUUCUGUGUUUUUUGCUAGUUCAUUAUAUUUACACACUUACCUCUCCUGAUCUCACCUCUUUCUAUUUGGUCUUUUUUCCUACUGGGAUAUGGGGUGUAAAAUUGUUUUUCAGUUGUCAGCUUUGGUCAUGCUUUAGAACUGUUUAUGACUUUGAAAUACUGUAUUACAAUAUACCUGCUUAACAUAUGUUUUAGUUGAUUCCUACACUUGAUCUGAAGAAUAGGAUUUGUUUCUGCAAUGUAUCUAUUUUAUACGCUCAAAUCCCGUACUCUUUCUCAUAAAUGAGUUCCAGCAUCACAGUUUCAAUGCUUUUCUAUAGAAACGUCUCACAUUAACAUGGAGUGGUUUGCGGUUUGUGUAACCUUGAGGCAACAGCAGUUUUGUUUUUUUGUGAUGUCAGUGUUUGAAGAUAGAAAAAUGAAUGGUAAAUACUGUAAUGUCAGAUUUAGAUUUUUAAUGCCACAUGUGGUUUAUUUAACCACUAAAUAGCUAAAUCAAGGAAUGUUUUAACCUAGUUAUGCAGUAAAUAUAAAUGGCAGACACUUAUAUUUUCUGUGUGUUACAAAGUCAAAUCUAGAUAAUAUAUGUACAUGUGAAUGCAGAGAAAAUUAUUAGGAGGGGGCAAAACAGUAAUCCGUGUAGGCUCUGUCAAUCAAAGACACAAUUUAAAGAGAAACUAUAGUCCUGAAAAUAACAAUCAGUAUUUCUGUUUCUGCCAUAGGUUCUCUUAUGUCCACUCCCCUUUUAGUUUAAAAAUUAAAUAAAUAUUACUUAACUUACUACCAGCACCUGGGCUUCUUUUCUGAAGAGUCCAGCAUAGAUACACAAGUGUGGCCAAGUGUUGCGCACCUCAAAUCAAAUGUUUUUGUCUGUAGCAUGUGUCUCCCAGACCAAGUUUUACUAGGUUCUAGAAAAGGAAACCUCUUUAGUGACUGUUAUAUUCACAGCCACAGAAGAUGAUUUAACCCUGCAAUGUAAGUAUUUCAGUUUCUAAACCAAAAGUACUAUGUUUUACAUUGCAGGGCUAAAAUUAAAGGACCCCUUUACCUAGGCCACUUCAUCAACAAUUGGUGUGGGUGACUAUAGUGUUCCUUUAAAUCAAAGGCAAAUUCCAUUAGGGGACACGCCCUCUUGGCCUAAGCCACAGGUGCCCAUGCAUACAUAUUUUUUUUCACCAUUUGCAUAAAAAUCUAUUAUGCAGUGGCCAGUUUCAGUAGAUUCAGACAUAAAAAAUGGAAAUCAGCGGGCAGGGCCUGACUGGCAUGGUGGAGAGAAGUGUUUUGAUAGAGCUGACAAAAAAAGCAAAUUUUAGCCUUAAUAAGCUUGAUUUGGCUGAUAUCCUACAACAUACAUGCUCCUUACCCAAAAUGAAAAGUCAAAAACACAACAAGAACUCAUAUAUUACACAACCUGGAUCAUGCGGCCUAGAGCGCAUCAAGUUGGAGAGGCGGCCGAUCUCCCGGCCUGGAGUUGCCUAACUGCAUUCAGCCCCGUAACUCACCUCCUUGGACCUGUGGGGGUGAUCCCGGCUCACCUCUAGGAGGCUGCCUUGCUCAAAAAGGAGCACUGGGUAAAACCACGUUGGCUGAAGCAAACUUUUCUGACUCCCCUAAGAUGCCAGAUGCUGCGUGGUUCUCCGACAACACAAGGACAAGCAAGAUAUCAUGUCCAAACUAGACAGAACAUUCGCUAAAUUCUGGCGCAAACAGGAGCUGAGAAUGUAGCAACCUCUACCCAGACAACCGAGUGCCUACUCACCACAAGAGCAGAAUUCUUGCCUACCUCCAACAGUGCAAAAAGCCCCAAAAUGGCGGUGAAGCAGGAAACACACACAGCUGCGGGAAGCACAGAGCUGCACAUAAGAGGGCACCACCACACAGCCCAGCGUUGAGACUCUUGCACGAUCUGAGGUACUUGGCAGCAAACCGAUCCUGACAUAUAGUGCAGACAUCCAGCACACACCUCAGCUCGGAAGCCUGUCUCUCCACUCACUGGAGCGAGACUCUGCUAAGCAACCGGUCGGCAUAGGCUAACUGCAGCGAUCCAGCCUGCACACGGAAGAGCUUGUGGCCCUUCAUACUACCCCUUUACCAUUGAGUAUUGGGUGGGAUGCUGGUUACACUGUUCGUUACAUGUGCAUUCAUCUACUAUGAUUUUAUGUCAUUCUCUGGUUUCUCCUCUGCUUGUACAAUAAUCACCUCCCUUCACCUUACUCUGUGCAAAAAGCUUGCCUCCCAGGGAACCCUUUAUGUUGUUCUUUUUUGUUAAACCUGUAUAUUCCUUUAUAAAAAAUAAAAUUAAAAUAAAAGCAAAAUCACUUAUAAUGAUAUGUUAUUGUUUUAACUCAUGCAACCUGUCAUAUGUCUUUGCUUCAACAUGUAUCUGACAAUGCGCUAAAAAAAUGGAAAUCAAUGCAUAAUAACUUUCAGACAAUAGCAAAGCAAAUACUAUUCAGACACGUUCAAUGUAGAUAGAAUAACUAAAACCUUUUAAACAGUGUUUUCUCUGGCUGUGCUGGAUGUCCAUUUUUAUAAUUGCUGACUUUCACAUGCCAUAAUAUGAGCUUUUAGCUAUAACUUACACAGGAGGUGAUUCAUCUCUGAGUGUCAAGAUGGGUCAGAUCAGAGUACGUUAUAGCUGGAAAAACUGCAUUAUCCUGCACAGCAACAGAGCAUGCAGUAAAGCAUUUACUUUGAGUGUGCUCUGUCUGAUAAAUGGGUAGCUUGGUAGCUGGACUUGACUUACCCCUAAAUAUUGGCAUGUUGAAGUAUAACUAGUUUAUUAUUUGUUGGAACCUGAGAAAUUGUAGAUAAUUUUAACAAACAUAGUAAAUAAUAAAACUUUAAACUUUACAUAAAAAUAGUAACUAAAAUAGAAUUAACACAGCAAUCACCAUGUUUUUAAGUUAUGAGCCUGUCUUCCCUUCGAUAUUGUUUAAAGUCACUGCGUAGCCCUUAGCUUGUCAGGUUCACCUCAUAUCAUGAUGGUUUGGGAGCUGGAGGACAACCGGAAACAUUGAGCCAAGUUGACAGGCAGUUCUUCGAGCCAACUAAGAGGGGAUUCCCCUGCACAGAGGGCUGCAGAGCACUCUUCAAUAACAAGAUAUUCCCUGAAGUGAUUAUGCUUUCUUAGAAGCUUUGCUAUGGUGGUCUCAGCUGUGAACAAUAGAAAAACAAAGUGCAGGCUCAUAAUGGGACUGUCUGAUUGGAUAUAGGAAACUUGGCAUGUAUGUGCUUGUGCUUUAUAAAUAUAUUUUUGUCUUGCCAUAUUUUAAAUCUGGCAAUUCCAUAGCUCUCACAUGUCUGCUACAUCUGUCUCUCUCUAUUCCCUAGUCCAUCACACUUUCUUGUCCUGUCUCCUGCCUCCUGGCUCUGUCAUCCUCUCUCUGCUUGGUGGUCCUGUUCUGUACUCCCCUCCACAGCACACCACAGCACAUGUAUAUAUUUAUACUAUUGAUCAAUUUUGGAGCGCUUAAAUUUUAAAAUCUAUACUUAAAAUUUGUUUUUUUUAUUAAUUUAAUCUUUGGAAUAGAGUUGCUGUAUACAUGUUGUGCAUUUAAAUUUAAAACAAACUGCUACACACUUAGGUGUUAUACCCAGUAUCUCUUUGUUUAGCAUUUUCCUGCCACAGAUAUAGCAAUAAUGUCUAUACCAACAACAUAGAAGGUAACAUUGAAAUGUUAAUAUAGGAAUAGAAUUGCAUUUGCUAGCAAUUUUGUUUGUGUAUUGUGUAGCUAAUGUUUUUUUGUCAUCUAGAAAGAAAUGCCAGUUUGUUAUUUAAAACAUUUACACUAGUACAGCGUUCAUUUUCUUAUUUUUGUCCUACUCCAAGCAUGAAUGUCAAUAUGACAAAUAAACUCCAGCACACAAACAUGAAGAGUCAUCAUGUCUGGUCUAGAAGUAAAUAUCGGAGCUUCCAAUACAUCAUAAGGCGCAGUCAACUUGUGUUCAUCUUCUGUUAUUGUGUUACCCCUAUAUUAAUCUAAACAGCACAAACAUUAGAAGAUGCACAGACAAGGGAUGGAUUCAGGGAAACCUUGCAGUGUUUUUUAAUAGAAUCCUGAUAGCUCUAGACAUAUAUUUCUUUCUCACCUACACAAUAGGGAUGUUCUCGUUGUUAUUAACCUUCAAGAAAUAGUCCAUUGUUGUGAAGUGUUAUCUGGAAUAUCCUAUUCACUUUUUGAGUAAUUUCAUAAAAUAAAUAGCAUUAUUUGAAAUACAGCAUGUGUUGCCAUAAGCCUGACAUUUUCACAUUAAAGGGACACUAUAGUCACCAGAGCAACUACAGCUUAUUGAAUUUGUUCUGGUGAGUAGAAUCAUUACCUUCAGGCUUUUUGCUGUAAACACAUUCUUUUCAGAGAAAAUGCAGUGUUUACAUUACAGCCUAGUGAUAACUGUCCACUCCUCAGAUGGCUGUUAGGGAUCCUUCCUAGGUCAUGGCUGCCUAAAAUGCAUCUAAACAUUCAGUAUCUCCUCCCUCUGCAUGCAGACACUAAACUUUCCUUAGAGAGAUUAAUUGAUUCAAUUCAUCUCUAUGAGGAGAUGCUGAUUGGCCAGGGCUGUGUUUGAAUCAUGCUGGCUCUGCCCCUGAUCUGCCUAUUGUCAGUCUCAGCCAAUCCUAUGGGGAAGCCUUGUGAUUGGAUCAGGCCACCACUUCUGAUGAUGUCAGAGGUUAGAGGAAUUUCACAGGCAGAGGCAGCAGCUCCAGACUUGAAUACAAGUAAGAUUGUACUAUCUUUAGGGAGCCCAAGGGGGCUAGAUAGUGGUUUUACAUACACAUACAUGUUUGUGUUCCUGACCCUAUAAUGCUCCUUUAAUAUCAGCAUUCCAUGUUGCAUCAUCAUAAUGAUUAAUGCUGCUAAAUAAAAGAGUUUUUUUAGGAAAAUCAAUGAAUUUGUUUCAUAAUGAAUGACACGCAUACUCCUUUUUAUUUUAAUGAAGUUUUCUCUUGCCUAUUAAUAAUGACUCUGAAAACAUUACUGAAGAAAUUAUAUCUUUCAUGCAGGAAAUAUAAAUUCACCAACAUGUAAAAAUGUUGAUCAAAUAAUCCUUUCACAGUAAAAUGGAAUUAAUUUAUGGUUUAACAAAAAAAAAAAAAAAACACAACAAAAAUUGUUGCAUAUAUUUAUAGCAGAAAUAUAUGUUAAAUAGGUUGGAUUUUAUUUGGUUUAAUGUUGUUAAAAGAAGAAACUUUGAGUUUGAAAAUUGAGUUAUGUGCUUUGGUUUUAUUUGUUGUUUUGUGUUUUUUAUUCGUCUCUGAGAAUUCAAUGAAAUACCAUACUUACAAUGCAAUCCCCUUGGCCAAUUCAGACAUCAGUCGGCUUCAUCCAAUCAUGACAGCUUUGUUCAGAUGUUCAAAAGAUACACUGCAAUUAUAUCAAAGGAAGAAGAAUCUGGUGGAUGGCCUGCUGACAGAUAUAACAGCUUCCAUAUUCACUGCCUCUGGGAAGCUUUCAAUGAAAUGAUCUCAAAGUGCUUUUAUAUCCGUAAUACCUGCACUGUUUACCAAACAUAUCCUGCCUGCAUACAUUAUGACAUAAAAUCCUGUGUACUGAUGUCAUAUUCGCUAUUUUAAAGAUCAUUGCUGAUUAACAAAGUUGUAAGAUUAUUAUUUUUUUUUUUUUUAUUCUCUCAGGUUUAUUUCAGUUUCCGGAAAAUCAAAGUAAUUGUCCAUGAUACAGUCACACUUGCCCAUCAGCACUGAAUUCUUAUCAGCAUAUGAGAAGCCAUUAUAUUCUGUAGUACAUUGUAUAGCUUGCCACAUGCAUAAAAACAAGGGGAGAAGGCAUUUACUUUUCGUGUUUGGCACUUUAACCUUCACUACUGAGUAUUUUUGAAGAACAAAAAAAUAUUUAAAAAAAAAAAAAAUUAAUUUAAGCAUAAGAUACAUCCCUGAUAAGUAAUAUUACAAGACAGUGGCAAUAUCUAUUUAUAGAUUGCUCUCCAGUUAUACAAAAGGAAAUUUUAAUAUUAAAUGUACUUUCUAUUUUUUUUUAGUUAAUCUUUUACAGAAUUGUUGGAAGUAAAUAUUAUGAGAGAUGUGUUUGUGUUCAUUAUAGGAUAUUCAUAAACAAAUGUAAAAAAGCCAAUUACCCUUUUCUAGGGCAUCUGCUGGUAUUUUGGGGAAUGUAGAUUAAAGCAUCUAUAUUUUAAAGAGGAUUGAAUACAUAUGAUAUACCAUGCACACAUGACCUUAUGUCUGAGUAGAAGGGAAGGCUCAGGAGGUUUACUUGUGAUUUUACAAUGGAGAGCAAUACAAAACAAAACCAGCCCUGUCUAAAAACAAACUAAGUGUAUACACUGGACUGAGUUUGGAAUGUGAUCCAAAAGUGCAAGUACAUUAUGUAAAGUAUGUUAUAAUAGCUAAUUUCUAAAGCUUUUCAAAUUUGCCACCCUAAUAGCUAUCACAAAGUGUGGCAGCCAAUCCCUGCCUCGUAAACAGGUGUUUGACAAGGGUUGUAGACUGCCUAAAGCAUUAACUCAGUUGAGUUGAUUAAUAUGAAACUUUAUCUUUUUACACAGUUUCAGCCAUGGUUUAAUAAAUGCCGCUACACUGUAAACUCAACUGAGAAGGGUCUUCCCAUUGCUUUUGCUCCAGUCUAUGUAGAAUCGGAAUGCUACUAGUUAACAGCCUACUUUAUUUCCAUAUUUUGAUGCACUCUGCCAAUCUAGUAGUAUGGUAUAUUAUUAUUAUUAUUAUUUUAUUAUUUAUAGAGCACCAGCAAAUUCCGUAGCGCGGUACAAUGGGUAUAUAAACAUAAUAUAAUGUAAUAAAAAUACAGAAUAACACAUUACAUAAGACAUUCAUAAAUAUUUUGAAUGUGCCACCGAAGCCAGUUAAUGCCAAUGUAUUAAAAAUAUAGGAAGAGUAAGUGAUCAAAAUAAAAAUAAAUAUGACUAUUACAAGAUAGCUUUUGUGCAAAAAAAAAAAAAUACACAUUACACUCCAGUUGUUUUACUCACUAUUUCCAGAGAUUUAACAGGCUUAGAUCUCAAGUGCAGUUUAGUCUUGAGCUCUUGGUGAAUUCACUAUCUGCCAAGCAGUUCAGAUGUUUCUCCAGUUCUCUUAAGCUGAUUCCCCUUUGACUUUAUUUAAUUCAGUUUUUUUUAGUUCCAAGAAAGAUGUUAACUGUCCCAUUUGGAAAUGUUUCAAAGGAAUCACAAAAAUAAGUGCUUAGUUUCCUAAAUGCAAUCUUGCAUUUUGAUUUUCAUUAUAUAUUAGAUAAUUAUGGUAACUUAUCGUUAAGUUAAUAUAUUUCUAUUUUACUUGUUGUUGAUGAACCUAAUAUAAAAUAUGUCAACAAUAGACAUAACUGGAAACAUAUUGUAUUUUAUUGAAAUAAAGAAUAAAUAUAGCUAUUCGCUAAUAAAUUAGCAUUUUGAGAUUUUAUAGCCAGUGAUGAACCCAACGGCUCAAUUGAGAGUCAAAAUGUUGCAGUGUUCCAUAGUCCAAUAAAGGUGCCUGAAGACAAUGGAGUGUCUGGACCCGUUUUCUAAUACUUGUAUUUAUUAUCUUCUGGGCUUAUGCUGGACUUGGUUCAGCUAAGCACCCUGCCUUAAGGGAAUUGAGUGCGGCUGCUUUUCCUAUUUUUAUAAGGUGGGAAAAAACAAGUUAAGGUGAGAAAUAAACAUAGCAAAUGCUGGGGUCACAUAACUACUCAUAUUGACUCUUUAAUUGAUAAAGCAAGAGAAUACCCAGCAUAGUUGUAGAUAUAAUAAUGCCUUGCUACCAUAUCAUCCCUUUUUAUUUUAUAUAAAAGAUAAUGACUAUCCAUAUUACAAUCAAUAUAUUUUUCUUUACAAAUGAGAUGCAAGAUCAUAGUGUUAAUAUGCAAAUCUCCCUAUCAUUCCAUCAUAUAAAUGUAUAAAUACUGCCAGUAUACAGUCCAGUAUUUAAAACUGCAAACUGUUACAUAGGAAUAGGAAUUUGAUUUGUUUCUUGAACAAUCUUAUAGCAUGAUGUUGCCUCUGGGAUAAAUCCAGGGUUAGAAACUGGUCUUACUGCUGUAAAGAUUAAGAUCAAUAUGUCACCUGUGUUUGGAACAUGUGGUGACCUAACAAAAAGUCCAAAGUUUGGACAGAUAUCCCUCCAUUAGUGUACUUCAGGGAUAGGCAUCCUUUGGCACUCCAGAUGUUUUGGACUACAUCCCCCAUAAUGCUCUUACACCUGUAAUGCUGGCAAAGCAUCAUGGGAGGUGUAGUCCAAAACAUCUGGAGUGCAGAAGGUUGCCUAUGCCUGUAGUUGAAUAGAAUAAUGCGACCAGCUCAUUAGAAAUAUCCUCAUAUACAUUUUAAAACAUCUGAAUCAAAGUAUCCUUAAAUUUAACUCUGCAGUUUACUAUUAAACCUAUCUACAAUGAACAUAAAUUGGCCAACAAAGAAAAGCAAAACGCCUAACUUUCCAAAAUAAAAUCCCUAAAAAAACAAAUGCAAAAAUGCACUUAUUAUCAUGUAUAAUUAUAUUCUGUAAUGCCUUCCUUUGUAUUUUUAUUUUCUUAACUCUAUGUCCUUAUUGUAUUAAAACUAUAUGUUUUGGUUUUAACACAAUAUUGUUGAGUACCAGCUUUAAUGUGACUGUUAACAUUGUCAUCUUCUUUCAUUUGUAAUUUCAAAAUACGUCAAUUUAAAUACAAAAUUAGAGUGUACAGCAGAAAAAAAGUACAUCAUGAUAUGAUGAGCACUGCCCUCAUAUAGUCCUUAAAUGCUUUGAAUAUGAGAAGAAAAAAAAAUAUAUAUAUAUAUAAUUCCAAACACUUGCACUCCAACUUAAAGUAUUGGUACCCGGUGCUCGGUCACAUAAUAAACAAAGUUUAAAAAAUACCGGCACUCAAGUACUUGAAUAAAAGAAGAAAGAUUUAAAUCCCAUAAGUGCCAGUAUUUUUUUUACUUUAUAUAUAUAUAUGAAUAUCCAUGCACAUAAAUUCCAAUAUGCUAGCCUUCAUAAAAUCCUCUUAAUGUCAUGUAUUAGAGUUUUGCAAAUAAGAAGGCUAGGAAGAAUGUUACCUGCUAUCAAGAAGAGGGAUUGUUUUAUCUAUUACUGUAUUAUACACAUUCUAUACAUAUAUUUAAAUAUUUUUUUCUAUAUAUUUAGUACUAUUGUCAUAUUACAAUCAAGUAACUUUGUAAUGAAUUUAAUCUUAUAAAAGCAUGCAAAGCAAAAUAUAAAUGUGAUAGCUAAUAGUUAAUUGCCCACAUUUUAUAGUUAGCAGUAGUAGUAGUUAGGUUUUUAAUAUUACUUUUGUUUUUGCAUGUAUUAGAUUGCCAUGGAUAAUUUGGAGAUAAUGUAUUCCAUAUGUUUUAUCUUUAAUCACAUGUAAUAAAAUCCAUUGUUUUUAUUUUUUAUUUUUUUCAUUUUCUUUCAGAUGAUUUAAUUCAUUUUCAGCAGAUCAUCCUUCUUUUCACCUAUUUUGUCCUUGCUAAUUUGACAUUUGAUCUCCAUCUUGGUGCUCCCUUAAUCCUUUAUUACAGCUUUUCUCCGUGCCUUCUGUCCAUUGUUCGGCUUAGCCUAUUAGUUCUUAAAGUAUUCUCCUACUUGCUCUCUGGUGUCUUUAAAUGAAAGUUGUUUCCUUUGAACAGUUUCACAUUGUGUGUAUUAUGCUCAUUGAUCUGCCUCUUUUUUAAGCACACCUCUGCAUGGUCAUUGGGAAGGGAUAUUUGAAGUGCAUCUGGAACAACUGUGUAUUGUCAUCAUAUAGAUAAUAAAAUGCUAUUAAUCAGCUGUACAUAUGCUAAAGUAUGCAAGUGCAAUUUAAUUCAAUAACGAAUGUCCAAAAUGGAAGGCUAUACUUGACAUCGCAGAUAUAAAUUAUAACAAUCUCAGUGGGGUGUGAAUACAUCCAUUAUCAUCUGACAAAUAUCAUUGAUAUAUAUUUACCCCCAAAAUACUCUGCUUAAUGUACAGUGGUAUUUGCAACAAGAUAAACCACUUAAGGAUCAUGUGGCGAUCUAUGCUGUCAUGCAGUGCAGGGCCUUAAUCCCCAGUGACGACUUAGACAGUCAUACAGUAUAGGUACCAGUAGGGAUAAAAUCCCUGUUGGUACCAAUGACCUCCAGACCUCCAGGUAUCUUUUGAUAUCUGGGGGUCCCUUCUUUCAGCUGUCCGAUUGGCUAUGAAGAGUGCUGCUCAUAGCCCUUUAAAUUGCAUUACCACUGUAAAUAUCAAAAUGCUUUUAGUCCCGCACCCUUCCUGCCUGGCACAGUGUGGCCUUAAUGGCUCUGUGGAGGUCUUUUCUGCUUGCCCCCUGCUGGGCUCUAUCAGCUGCCUAGCAUCAAUCUCCGUGAGAGCCCUCUGUACGGUGCGAGCUAGGAAAUCCCUCUGCUGGUGUCAGUUCUGAUAGCAGAGGGAAUACCUAGAGGGUGGCAUUAGGACUGAGAUUAUAGGUAGGACUAUGAUCAGGAUUAUGGGUUAUAUUAUAAAUUGGAUUGAGGUCGGAUUAUAUGUAGGAUUAGAGUUGGAUUAUGGGUAGGAUUAGAGGUGGCAUUAAGGGUUGGAUUAGAGGCAGGAUUAGGGGAAAAGGUAUACAUGUGGGGUAUCAUUGCACUUGAGAAUAGUUAUAAAAUGCAAAAUGACCAGGGAUCCAGCUUGUAUCACUAAAAUGCAAACAUAAAAUACAUCAUAGUGUAGUAAAGUUUUAGCAUUAAACACUCGCUUCACGUUUCAAGAUUACACUCACAGAUUGACGUUUUGUAUCAGGCCUUCAUAAGGCUUAUUUGUACAUUUGUCAUUUUGUUGGCAGUGUAUUUGAUUGUAUAUUUUAUUGUCAUUGUUUUAAAUUUUGGUCCCUGAAGAAGUUUCUUAAGUUUCUUUUAUUCAAGUGUAUUUUUUAAAGCCAAUAAAUUCCUUUUUAUACUCAACCAUUGGGAGUGUGUGGACUUCCUGACACUGGAACUGGCGUGAUUACCAGCAACAGGAUUUAAAAAAAAAAAACCCUACCCACAGGGGAGGCACCCUGAAGGCCUGAUACAAAACGUCAAUCUGUGAGUGUAACCUUGAAACGUGAAGCGAGUGUUUAAUGCUUAAACUUUACUGCACUAUGUUGUAUUUUAUGUUUGCAUUUUAGUGAUACAAGCUGGAUCCCUGGUCAUUUUGCAUUUUAUAACAUUUUGUAUAUAGUUACCAGUUUGGGAGGUAACUUAAAGGACCACUAUAGUGCCAGGAAAACAUACUCGUUUUCCUGGCACUAUAGUGCCCUGAGGGUGUCUCUAGUGGCUGUUUGGUAGACAUCCAGUACACGUGGAGUUAACAAUGCAAGGUAAUAAUUGUAGUUUAUCAAAAACUGUAAUAAUUACCAUUGCAGAGUUAAAGGACUUGGGACACUGCACACAGGCCACUUCAUUGAGCUGAAGUAGUCUGAGUGCUUAUAGUGCCCCUUUAAAUUAUUGGUGAGUUACCAUGUUUUAGUCAAUGGUGUAAACUCCAGAUAAUUGACAGUUCCCCUAUAAUCUUAGUACAUUUACAAAACUGGGAUUAUUACAAUGUCGUCUUUAACUAUUUUUCUAUGUUAUGAUUGCUACCUAAAUGUGGCAUUUCUUAUUAGCUAUAUGGGGCCCUUGCUCAUGGCCACCUUCCUACUAUAACGACUAGGAAAGGCGUAAACAUGCAGUUGGAGGGAGUAUAAAGAAUUAUUUCUAACUUGUACCUUGGGAUCUGGCUGUUAUUGCACUCUUCAUGACCUUUAUAGCUUUGCCACUGGUGAAAUCAUUGAUGAGCUAGAGUUAAGUGUGUACCGUAAGGUAUGAUAAAUCAGACCCUGUUGAGCACUGCACAUUUACUCAGCAAAGCAGAAAUAGUUAAUUAAUCUAAUCAGCCAGAGGAAGGCAAUAAGGGGAGACAUUUUCCAAGCCUAUUUUAAAAGUAGUUUUUCUGCUUGCUCUGAAGUAUGGCUGGCAACAGAUAUAUCUUUCUCCUUCGAGCCUUAAUAUGAAUUUAUUAGAAACCGGUGGAGCUAAAAGGUAGUGGCUUUCACAGCAGCAGUCUGGAAAUCUUCAGCUCUCCACAGGACGUUUUUGCUGAAUGCAGCAAUUUCUUUUGUCUGAGUGGUUGUAAUAAAUUUAGACAUCUACAGGUAUCCCAAUCAUGGGACUUUUUUAAUGUCUGCAAUAGUAAAGAGGCAGACAUUUUUAAAAUAGCAGUGCUUAUUAUUUCUAAUGAAUAAAAUAUGAUACUAAAUCAUAUUACAAUAUCUAUAAUGUGCUGCAUUAUCACAUACUUUUCAACAGUUCAAAUGGGCAAAGAGGGACACUUUCAUUAUAGGUGUGUGAGUGAGGGUGGGCCAGGGGACAUUCAGAGACAUUACAGGGACUUACUGAAAACAAUUCAUAUAACUAAAAUGUAAUUUAGAACUAGAACAAUGUAUCUUAUUUAAACAUACUGAUUUCAAAAAACACAUUUAUUGUAGUUGAAAGACACAUUACUGUGAGUAUUAUUGCUGUGGAGCUCUGUUAUAUACUAAAGACACAUCAACAUUACAGAGCUCCUAGAAAAGGAGGGACAUUCAGAUAGAAAAGAGUGACAGGGAAUUUGGGCCAAAAAAUAGGGACUAUCACUCUUAAAUAGGGAUACUUGGUAUCGUAUCAUUUUUGCCAGCUGCCUGGAUUCGCAGGGCAGUCCUGUGUUAUACAACUGUGGUGGCCCCAGUGGGAAUGUUCAAAGUGCUUUUCGGUGAUUUCCUACCAUGCCUUUUUGGAGUUUUUGCCAUGUAUUCAUUGUACUACAAUUUCCUCCUUCCUGUACCCACGUGUAUUAUAUAUAAAUUUGUAAAGGACUAGUAGAGCUCUUUGAUACCCUAUACGUAUACAUAAUGUUGUAUUAAACAGGAAGAAAACAUUAUAAAUGGGGAGUCAUUAGAUGACUUCUGAUCACCUGAGGCUGGACGUCCUAUGGAAAUGAUGCCCCACAUCAUAAAAAUAAAAACCCAUAGGAAAGCUUGCCGCACAUGCUGACGGAGUAGGGGCAGACCUAAUGAGCAUGUGCGACAAGCUUUCCUAUGUUUUUUUUGGGGGGGAUGUUGGGCAUCCUCAUGCAUAGUCUGAGGAUGUCCAGCGUCAUGCGAUCAAAAGUCAGCCAAUGACCCUGUUACAUCUCUUCAUUUUGCAAACACAUUUUCAUGUCUCCUCUUCUCUUAUGCUUUCUCUAUGCUGACUACUGCAAAUGAAAAAUGUUACCAGUCACUGACAGAAAGAUGUCUAGUUGCAGGAUAGAAUGUUGUGAAUUUUUGCAUGUGAAAACAUAAUAAAAAUCCUGGGCAGCACCAGUUCUUCUUUACACUAAAUAAGGGCCUGUUUACUAAACUUUGAAUUGGAGUGAAUUAAAAUCCAAAUGACAAAAUGUAGGCAACAUAUUAUCAUUAUCAUAAUACUGUUCUCGAGAACCUGGAUACAGGCAAUAUUUAACGUACGCAGUGAAGACACUCUGCAGAACUGGAAGUGCCUACCUGCUUUUAAUACAUUUUAUAAAUACUGCAAUAGUGGAUUAAAAGUAUGAAAAAAUAAAUAAAAAGAUACCAUCAAAUUUCUUCUGCUGAUGUGCUGAGAGAAGCAGUCACCGGCAGUAAAGCAUCAUCUGAGACUAAGAAGAGACUCGACCAUUCCAGGAGUCUCUCAUCCUGUGGUUCUUAGCAUCUUGGCUCCAGCUAUGUCAAAGAGCAAUGGAAUGGUGGUAAGGGAUAUGCACAUCUAUCUUUUGCCCUCUGUGUCUAAAAAAUAAGGCUGAAGAGCCUUUGCAAAUCACUGCAAUUAUAAGCCAUUCAUUACUGGAAGAUAUGGACAAGUGAGCUGUAUUCACCAAAGCCUAUGCAGUAAACGUAGGUGCUUUGACAUGUUUAAACACCAGACCUGCAUGGAACUAGUUCUUACCAUAAAUGGCGAAUAGAGUCCAGGGAUGGGGAUAUUUUCUGCUGAAUAAAGUUUCUGAGUAUUGCUGCCUUAUAAGUGAUGUCCCCCAGUCAAUAGUUUUUCUAUGAAUGUAUGCGAUAUAUAUGUGUUUCUCUCCCACUCUGCUCUAAACAUGGUGAAUGAAGUCUCUGGCUCAUCAUAUUUUUGCACAAUAGUAUUUUCUAGGAUUUAUCUGCCUGUUCCAUCUGCUGGAACCUUUUAAUAAAUUCACUUUGCUAUGUAGGCUUGUUUUAAAUAUAUUUACAAAUCACCCUGUAACAUUUUUGGGAUCAUUUAUAAACUCCGAGCUGUUCACUCAGAAGUAAAUUACAGCACUUUGAUAACAUAUUUGAAAACUAUAGGUUAAAAUGCUGACAGGAACAAAUAUUCAACCUGAAUAAUUUUGCACAUCAGUUGUCAACUCACUUUGACUCAUUGAACGAAUAGACCUUUUAUAUAAACAAGUUAUAUAUCAAUUUGGAAACUGAAUAUCAUUUUUUGUGAAUUACUUGGAAAAAAAUUGAUUGUGUAUUUGAAAAACAGCUCUAAUGUGUUCAGUUCCCUCUCUGACAAAUCAUUUAAAUGAAAUAUGUCAUCCAAGUAUGUCUGUACAUCAGUCAUAAACCAAAUAAUAUGGAAAUGAAUUAAAAUAAAUAAAUACGAUAUGGAUACUGAGAUAAGGAAUGACUUCCCUUUUUAUUUCCUUUAAUCUGCUUCAAUAAUGGCAAAUAUAAAAAUACUAGUUAUAUGAAGGUUACAAGCAAUAUGCACAAGAUGUAUGCAUCGUCAUAUGGAUUGCCUUGGGCUGUGAGGAAUUUCUUUCAGAAAGAAAAUGAAAACAUGCAUUUUUAGUGAGUUUUGAGACACAAUCACUUAUGAAUAGAAAAUGGGUUGGCAGCUAUUGCCUGACAUCUUGCUGGCUGAAGGGAUCAAUAGUUCAUCACACAUGGUAACCACAUUUGAGCCAAAAGAGAGAGUGUGAGAAAUCGGUGUGCAAUGCGUACAUCCCAAGAGUAGUGUGCAGACCAGUAUGUGCUUAAAAUGCAUCUAAAGUGGAAUCUUUUAACUUGAAAAAAAUAACUAACAUCAUUCAGUGGUGCAUAAACACUGUUUAUAGGUUGUGUUGUUACUUUUUUUUUUUUAUAAAUCCUGUUAAUUUUCAUUCUUUUUCUAGCAUAACAUUUCCUAGUAAGUUAGUGAGUUCAUGGCCUAUCCUUGUUGAUUGAUGGCUUAUUUUUUAUGUUUGAGAUAUAUUGACAACUUUUUUUUUAUCUUGGAUAGAAUAGAGCACAUGGAAAGACAAUUAGAUGCAUGGUUGUAGGAAAGUGAGUUAAAUAGGAAGAAAAUUACAGUUAUUGCUAAAUAUUGCUUACAAACAAUUGAGGUUUUUUUUUUUUUUUUCUUCCUGUUGUGUAAUAUAAACAUAUCUUGCAAAAUGUUAUCUAAAACAGUUGUUACACAUAAGAUGACGAUAUAAAGUUCACAUUAGAAAUAUAUAUCUACCGUUUUAAAAAUAAAAUGUAAGAAAUCAAUGUUAUCACUUUCUUGUUGCUAAGUGUUUUGGAAGACAAUUUCCAGCAUUUCAUUUUGGGUUUUUUCCAGAUCCAUAUUGUAUAUAAAGAACAGGAAUAUAUUUAUAAUCGUGUAAUAAUGGUCUUGUAUUUCUUCAUAGUGCCUGUGUAGAUAGAUAGAUAGAUAGAUAGACAGACAUUAGGGGUGGAUGAAUAGACAGACAGACAUGAUAGAUGGAUAGACAGACAGACUGACUGACUAUGUGUCUGUGUAGGAAUAUGUUCUACUGUCAAUAUAUGUUUUGGAAAGAGAAAUAAAAAAUAUAAUAGUUUCAGAGAAAAUGAGAGCUUUAGAGAACAAAGAACAUGACCCUAAACCCCAUAGUGUAUCUGGCUGGAAACCAGCCACAUAUCUGGUACUUUUCAGCCUUACAUGAUGGUUAUUGAAAGAACUAUUUAACUAAGAAAUGGUUUGCUAUUAGUUCAAAAGAAUGCUAAGAGUGUUAAUACCAUUACUGACAUAUGUAAUUUUAAUCAAACAUAACCUGUCAGUAAAGCUUUAUAAGUUUUUUUUUUUCCAUUAACAGUCUUUGGAUGAAGCAUAUUAACUGUUACCUCAUGCAGGGAAGAAAGGUAUUAAAAUAUACAAUUUGCAUGUUAGUACGGCUGUAAUGUAAUAGAACAAUUUCAAAUUAUGCAGAGGUUGAGCAAGGUAUACUGUAUGAUAGCUGAAAUACCCCCUUAGUUUAGCCUAGUAGUUAGUAGCUCUAUACCUGGGCUGUGUAAAGAUUCCAAAUUAAUAUGUUGAUCCUUCUUUGGAAUGUGUAUGAGGUGCAGAACGCAUGCAUUCAUUGCUAUUUGCCUAAUAUUGUGUAGAUAAGUCAACAUUUAUGCAUCUAUAUCAGUGCAUGUGCCUGCAUAUCAAAGAACUAUCUAUUUUGCACCUGGAAACUUUGGCUUUAACAGGUGAUUGCUAUGAUACAGCAUCUUGCAAAAUGGUAAAGUCAAGUCAAGAUAUUAUUGACUACCUAACCUGAUCAUUAAUUAUUUCUUGUGUUAUCUCAUUCUUGGCCAACUAGAAAAAAUCAUAAAUUCGGUUUUGCAUUUCUAUGCAUAUAUGUGUCUUGUAAUAACACAAGUUAUGUAGUUGUUGGUUUUUAAAUCUUUUUUUCUGGUGAAGCAAAACCUUUUAUCUUUGUUGCUGCAUGUUUACGUCAGUACAUGCUGUAUCUACACACAUCACAUAACUAUUAUUCUAUUAUUGAGGAUAUAUAAUUACAGUGUAUAUCACUUUACAGCAUGUAAUAUCUAAUAAUUGCUAUAGAAAACUGCUUAUUUGAUGGAUGUUUCUAAGAUCAGUUGCCCACAUUUGUCCUGGAGUAUUGUAUACUCUAACUUAUCAUUUGUUAAUGUAUUGUGUCUAACAAUGCUCAAAUGUCACUGUAUAAAUCACACAUCAGGCUAUGUUCAUCCAGCUAACCGCAAGUCCCUUUUUCAAACUCCUGGCUCAUAUAUGUGUUAUGCAGGGCAAGAUUUUUGGAGCGUUAACUCAAUUUCAGAAAGAAUGUUUGUACGCUCUCUAAUAUUUACAACUCCUUGGCAUUGGCUGGACAUAACAGUUUAAUAUGCUCAUCUGUUAUUUUGAUUUUGUUUUGUUUAUUUUUUGUAUAUCAGUACACAGACAGUCACAGAGAAGGAUUAAUUUCCCACAGGGCCCUAGGCAGUUUUUGGUUUGCCCUCCCCCUUAAUUCUUCUUAUACGGGUGAUGAAUGGAGCCAGUUAAAAUCAUAUUUCCAGGUCCCCUGUCUACCUCCUAUGUCCCAUUGGUUAAUCCCAUCUAUCUAGUUAUCGUGAGUCAUUCAGAGACUAUUCCAUUUGCAUGAUAGGCAAUAUUUUUUAAUUAGAUAAAUUAAAUAAGAGACAAAGAGCACAAGCAUGUGAAUUCACUUUUAAAUGUUGGGCAAAGGCCAUGGGGUUUUAUUUUUUAAAACUUUUUUUUUCAAAAUCAUUAAACUGUUCUGUAAAACCACAAUAAAAAUUCUCACUCUUACUAUGUAGAGGUCUUCCACGAUCUUUCGAUGCCCUCCUACUGGGACUCCUGGUGGGCUGCGGCACCUGGGGCUGGCAGGAAGCCCUAAUGUUUUAUUUCAUUUUUCCCUAGGACUCUCACAUCUUCUGUCAGUCUGAGGGAAUUCAGGAGACAGGUGCUGGGGGCUGGUGCGGCCGCAUCAAGGCUGCUGACGCCUGGAGGCAGCACUGCGUCUACCUUUCUGAUUCCCAGCACCUUCCAGCACCCCAGCCCAGCAUGUAAGUUCCACCCCCACUAGGAAGCCCCACCUCUGCACUUAAGCUCCGCCUCCCGCACUCAAGCAGCGGACCUUGCUGCAGGAAGAGGUCUGAAAAUGGCCUCCAAGAGAAAACUUGAUCUCCAACAGCCUCCAGUGUGUAUAAAUAUUGUGUCUGUAGUGAGUGUGUGUAGUGAGCAUGUGAGUGUCAGUGAAUUUAUGUUUGUCAAUGAGCUUGUCUGUGUGAGCAUGUGUGUGUGUGUGCCAGUGAGCUUGUGUGUAGUGCUCUUGUGUGUGUUUAAGUGAGCUUGUCUGUAGUGAGCAUGUGUGUGUCAGUGAGCUUGUGUGUGGCUGUCAGUGAGCUUGUCUGUAGUGGGCAUGUGUGUGUCAGUAAGCUUGUGUGCAGUGCUCAUGUAUGUGUGUGUGUCAGUAAACUUGUGUGUAGUGAGCAUGUGUGUGUCAGUGAGCUUGUCUGUAGUGAGCAUGUGUGUAUGUAUUAGUGUGCUUGUCUGUAGUGAGUGUGUGUGUAUGUAUUUAUGGAUAAUAUAUGCAUCAGGGCUUGACAAAUUUGCUUGAAAUCUAUAAGCCAGCUAAAAAAGUAAGUUGCCAGAUUUUUUCAGCACCAAAAAUACCAUUCUUAUAGUCACCAGAACCACUACUGCUUAACCCCUUAAUGCCGUUACGGCAUUCUAUGCCGUCCCCGUUAUAAUGGGCUUUAAAACUGUUGCAGGUGCAUAGAACGCCGUAACGGCUGAAGCCCCCAGGAGCUGAAAUAUACUCAACAUCCCGGCGAUCCGCUUUGGGAGGACUGCGUGACAGCCCAGGCAGCCCUUCCUUGGAAAAUCAGGCCCCCAGGGGCCAUGUGAUCGCUCUUAAAGAGUGAUCACAUGGCCACCUAUAGCUGGCUGUGGAUCUGCCUGCAGGGGGACUGUCUUGGCUGUCAGACAGUCCCCCUGCUGGUGGGAAGUAUAAAAAAAAUAUGAUUAGACAUGUAAAAUAAAUUAAAUGUGUGUAUAUAUAUAUAUAUAUAUAUAUAUAUAUAUAUAUAGGGGUACUGUUUUACUCUGGAGACUUUGUUGAACACAAAUACUAGUGUUUCAAAAUAGUAAAUUGUAUUCCAACAAUAAUAUUUUUAGUAAAAGUUACAUUUUUUGCAUUUUUCACAUGUGAACAGCACUUUUACUGACAAUAUUAUUGUUGUAAUACGUUUUACUGUUUGAAACACUAAUGUUUGUGUUCAGUGAAGUCUCCCAAGUAUAAUAGUACCCGCCAUGUAGAGGUUUCAUGGUAUUUUGGAAAGGUAGAGAGUCAGCUUGCAUUUCAUUUUUUUCACAUUGAAAUGUGCCAGUUUGGUAAUGUUGCCUUUGAGACCUUAUGGUAGCCCAGAAAUGAGAAUUAUCCCCCUGAUGGCAUACCAUUUGCAAAAGUAUGGAGCCCAGGGUAUUGCAAGUGGGGUAUGUCCAGUCUUUUUUAGUAGCCACUUAGUCACAAACACUGGCCAAAUAUUAGUUUUUUUGCUUUUCUUCACACAAAAACAAAUAUGAAAUCUAACUUUGGCCAGUUGGGACUGAAACGUUGACCAUCUAUUCACUUCUAUCACUUUAUAUAAGUGUUAUAAGUAGAAACAAAUGCUCGGUUUUAAAAGAAAUCCGUGUACAGACUACCUUUUGGAUUUGUUUGUAUGGACUUGUGACCACAGUCUAGCACCCGGUAUUAAAACAGUGAUUAUAUUAAUUCAGGAAUGCAAGGCAAGAUUGAACUGUGUGUGUAUAUAUAUAUAUAUAUAUAUAUAUAUAUAAGAAAAGAAAAGAAAAGAAUUCUUGGCACUCACCCUUAAUAUUUCAAAAACAGUUGCAGUAUUGCCUGGGUGCAAUCCUUAGCGUUUAAAUAUAGCAAAAAUCAAUAUGAAAGGAGCACUCACAGGUCUUCAUAUGAAUAUUGAUUUAUUCCAAGGUGCAAGUUACAUGUGCAAUCGACGUUUCGACCCUCACAGGGUCUUCUUCAAGAUCAAAUAACCAGUGAAACAGGUAAGUAUAUAUACACAAACAAAUAUACAAUAAUAACUUACCAACAGGUGUGUGGGAAAAUAAAACCGCCAAAUGUCCGAAAACCGGAAGUAUCUCUCGUGAUCAUGUGAUCCUCUAUACAUCCUCUAUCAUUAUGUGACCAAUCCGCCCUCUGUGUAUCCAGCUACAAACUAUGUGAAUACCUAAAACCGCCGGGCAUCCGAAACCCGGAAGUACCUAUGCGGUCACAUGGUCUAGUUGCCAAGCAACCUACAACGCUAUCUCUGUGUGUAACUACGUAAGUCCGCCGAGAAUCCGAAACCCGGAAGUGCCCAUGCGAUCACGUGAUCUAGUUACCAGGCAACCUACAACGCUGCCUCUGUGUACAAUCUGGCGAUGUGAAAAUCUGUGUCAUAUAUAAUAUAAACAUAGCAAUUACAAAAGGUGACAGAAUGCUAAAAAAUGAAUAAAAAUAUAUACAUAUAUACAAGUGUACAAAUGUACAUAUAUACAUAUAUAUAUAUAUAUAUAUAUAUAUGCAUCUCUAUCCACAGGAGGAUCUUAAUAAUUAAUAUGUUAGUCACUACUUAUUAAUGUGGAAAAGGCAAUUCCAAAUAUCAAUUUAUAUAACAGAACAUAGGAUAUAAUAUCCCAUAUCCAACAUCUUCAAAACAAACAGAGCUAUUUUUCAGAUUCCUUAAUUGCUAACACUGAACUAUACUCACCACAAACAUAAAUAAUCUGAUAUGCAUGUUUAAUAACAAUAUAUACCUAAUUACCUCACUAAAUCUUACUUAGAGAUAUACACCCUAUAUUACCAAAUGUACCUAUCCAAGAGAUGAUCUCAUCCAUAAUACUGCAAUGAUCCACUAACUAGUGUAAUAGCACUUUCAAGUUGAAAUGAUGUAACCUACUAUAUUUCUCAGUCUUUAUACAUAUACACUUAAGAAAUUAUUCUACUAUACAUCCACUCACACAAUGACCACAACCUACAGUACGAUUUACAAAAACAUAGAAUAUGUAUUAUAUUCAUUCAGUCCUUUAGGUGUGACAGUGUCCAAUUUAAAAAUCCAAUACGCUUCUCUUUGAAGCAGAUGUUUGGACCUGUUACCACCACGAGGUAACGGGGGGACAUGGUCGAUGGCCACAAAUUUAAGAGUCAGAAGUCUAUGUGAAGCUGCCAGAAAAUGCUUAGCUACUGGCUUAUCUGUUCUUUGAUCCCUGUAGGCUGUCAUAAUGCCAGAUCUGUGUCCACGGAUACGAUCCCUUAAAGUUAGGUCUGUUUUCCCCACAUACGACAGACCACAUGGGCAUGUUAUAAGAUAUAUUACAUGAUCCGUAGUACAUGUAAUAUAGUGGGAUAUUUUUAUUCUUUUUCUGGCAGCUUCACAUAGACGUCCGACUCUUAAAUUUGUGGCCAUCGACCAUGUCCCCCCGUUACCUCGUGGUGGUAACAGGUCCAAACAUCUGCUUCAAAGAGAAGCGUAUUGGAUUUUUAAAUUGGACACUGUCACACCUAAAGGACUGAAUGAAUAUAAUACAUAUUCUAUGUUUUUGUAAAUCGUACUGUAGGUUGUGGUCAUUGUGUGAGUGGAUGUAUAGUAGAAUAAUUUCUUAAGUGUAUAUUUAUAAAGACUGAGAAAUAUAGUAGGUUACAUCAUUUCAACUUGAAAGUGCUAUUACACUAGUUAGUGGAUCAUUGCAGUAUUAUGGAUGAGAUCAUCUCUUGGAUAGGUACAUUUGGUAAUAUAGGGUGUAUAUCUCUAAGUAAGAUUUAGUGAGGUAAUUAGGUAUAUAUUGUUAUUAAACAUGCAUAUCAGAUUAUUUAUGUUUGUGGUGAGUAUAGUUCAGUGUUAGCAAUUAAGGAAUCUGAAAAAUAGCUCUGUUUGUUUUGAAGAUGUUGGAUAUGGGAUAUUAUAUCCUAUGUUCUGUUAUAUAAAUUUAUAUUUGGAAUUGCCUUUUCCACAUUAAUAAGUAGUGACUAACAUAUUAAUUAUUAAGAUCCUCCUGUGGAUAGAGAUGCAUAUAUAUAUAUAUAUAUAUAUAUAUGUAUAUAUGUACAUUUGUACACUUGUAUAUAUGUAUAUAUUUUUAUUCAUUUUUUAGCAUUCUGUCACCUUUUGUAAUUGCUAUGUUUAUAUUAUAUAUGACACAGAUUUUCACAUCGCCAGAUUGUACACAGAGGCAGCGUUGUAGGUUGCCUGGUAACUAGAUCACGUGAUCGCAUGGGCACUUCCGGGUUUCGGAUUCUCGGCGGACUUACGUAGUUACACACAGAGAUAGCGUUGUAGGUUGCUUGGCAACUAGACCAUGUGACCGCAUAGGUACUUCCGGGUUUCGGAUGCCCGGCGGUUUUAGGUAUUCACAUAGUUUGUAGCUGGAUACACAGAGGGCGGAUUGGUCACAUAAUGAUAGAGGAUGUAUAGAGGAUCACAUGAUCACGAGAGAUACUUCCGGUUUUCGGACAUUUGGCGGUUUUAUUUUCCCACACACCUGUUGGUAAGUUAUUAAUGUAUAUUUGUUUGUGUAUAUAUACUUACCUGUUUCACUGGUUAUUUGAUCUUGAAGAAGACCCUGUGAGGGUCGAAACGUCAAUUGCACAUGUAACUUGCACCUUGGAAUAAAUCAAUAUUCAUAUGAAGACCUGUGAGUGCUCCUUUCAUAUUGAUUUUUGCUAUAUAUAUAUAUAUAUAUAUAUAUAUAUAUAUAUAUAUAUGUGUGUGCGUGUGUAUAUGUAUGUCUUGAUGAAAGCUCCGGUGAGGGGCUGAAACAUUGGCUGGUAUAUUUUUUAAAAUAUAUUUUUACAUGCCACGCUAGAGGUAAUUGAACCUUCAAUUUGCUUGACUCCAAUGGUGCUUCUACACCAGUCCUAGUCUCUGUUCUAUACCAGUAUUGGGUAGUAUAUUAUAUGAUCAUUUGUAACUCUGUGAAUAGAAAGCCAUAUUUGGGGCUUGAUGUUGCUACUAUGCCCUGCUCAUUUAAUACUUUUAGUGUGUUUAUUUUCUUACACUGUGCAUGUUUUAUGCUUUAUUGUUCAUCUCACGUAAUCAUUUCAUGCCUCCUAACUGUACCGCUUUUAGCGGAACAGUCCCAAUUUUGGGGUGCUGACUUGCCAUUCUGCAUUAGUUUCCUGGUGUCCCACAUCUGGGGACACCAAGGAACAGUUUCCGGCAGCACAGAGCAAACCCAUCAUUAGAGGUGCUAUUGCUGUGCAACAAUAACUAUGACCAUGAUAGGAGUGCUUCAAAAGUGCUGCCUGCAUGGUCCAGAUAGCUGGGGGGUUGGCCAGGUAGAUUGUUAGUGGGAAGGCCCUGCCUCUUUUGGAUAGGACUGCCCCUUUGUUGGCCAGACCCAUUCAUUGUGGAUGUCGCUAAUGUAGUGACUUACGUCACUGGCGACUCCCCUCAUGGCGCCACCCUCUGUCCCAAAGUUCUGAGGAUAUGUAGUCUGACUGGCCUAAUACAUAUAAACAUCAAUACUGUACAACCUACUAACCAGAAUUUCCCCCCCUUUUAAUACAAACACCAUGAUAAUAGAAAACCCACAUAUAUGAAAGUAACAAACAAAGGGAAGGGAGUUUGGCUUUCCAGGUAGCUCAACACAAGCUCUUCAGUCUUCUCCACACUUUUCAACACAUUCUUGAGAGGAGCCCUGAAAUAUAAAGCCACUUUCCCUAUUUUUUCCUUGUGCUCUACCACUAGCCAAUCCAGAGCCAGCAGCCUAUUCUCCAAUCAGCUCCCUUGAAAACCCCAAAUCUGCCUAGCUACUACUAAUCUGCCUCACAACAUCUCAGAGCUAACCGGACCCCUAACAUUAACCCUUUCUUACCACAAUGCUUAUGCUGCUACAGGAGGUCAUAUGGCCUGUGGCACAUCAUUAUUGUAUUAUUUUGCAAUACAAGUUUAGUUGGAGGAUUUCUCCAUUAUAACCACAAUAACUAGUUAAAUUAAAUAAAUAGGUUGUGUAAACAGUAACACUACAACACAUGGAACAAAUGUAUUUAUCGCACAAUUACACCAAGAAGAACAUUGUGGAAGGAUACUGAUUUUUCCAGGUUAUGCUGCAUUAAGAACAACUAGGUUUAACAAACGCUCAGUUAGGAGAUUUUCUAUAUAUUUUGUGCUCUCGGCAGAAGGUGGUAGGUUUAAAGAGAAAGUAUUGUCGACAGAAGCAAGUGAGAAGGAGAGAAGAGGAAAGAAGCAUAUUUUGCAGUGCUCAUCCCAUAAUUUUGAGGAUUUUAUAAAACAGAUCUUGGCAUUAUACUUCAUCCAACACAUCUGUGGUUGUUGACCUGCGGCUCCUAUUACCCUCAGCUGUCCAGCAGAGAAAUGUAUCCUCAUUACACAUUCUGCUUUUUUAGCCUUUAGUUACCACAAUAUAGUGUGGCUUAAACAACCUCAAGAGGCAAGUGGCAUUGAUACAGAUAUGUUUUAAAAAGUGUACGCUACAUUUUGUGGCAUUGCAGAGUAUUUGUUUACUAUCAAUAGCUCCACAGGGAUACAGUGUAACUAUAAUUUAUUGAAAGUACCUAAAUGCAUUGACAGCAUAGUCAUACAGUUAAGGUAAAUGAAAAGGCAAUGUAUUUUCCACUGCAAACAAAAAAAGUUGCAUCUUGUAAAUGUCUAAAAUGUAAAGUUGCAUCACCGUACUCAAUAUUAUAGGAUUAAAGAAAGUAUGGUGUCUGCAGUGAAAACAUAUAUAUAUAUAUAUAUUUUUAAUAAUUGUCCUUGUCAUAGUAUGGAAAGUACUUAAUGGGCAUCUCUUUUGUCUUUUUUUUUUUUUUUUUAUAUUAGACUCUAAUACAUUACACUACUACAUCCAAUGACGUGUACAUUAUAUGGAAUGACAGUGAUAGUGGGCAACCCUGAGCAAUUUAAAUAGAGUAAUAAAUGAAAUAGCGUAUGCAGGUUUAACAUAACAUCACCAGAAGUCAUGUCAAUUAGAGGUCUUAUCCUUGAAAAGCAUGACCAGUAAUCACAGUGCAUGAAAUUUUAUACCAGCUCUUUGAAUGGGUUUUACAGUUUUUCUUUGUCCUGCUUGUAGAUUUUUGCACGUUACCUCCUAUCAAGUGAAUCAAAGCAGUUCCAAAAUCCCCUAGUCUAACUAUACCUUAAAACAUGAAAGCAGAUUCCAAUAUUAGUCAGUCCAGAGAAGGACUUCAAAACAUUGUUCUUCAGUUCAAGGAUACGACUAAACAUCUAAAACGACAGCAUUAAAAUAAAUGCAGAAAUUGCAUUCUGCACCAGGGAUUGCUCAAGAAGAGCAUUUGUGACAGCUGAAUUAAUUUACCAACAUUAUCAUUGUUCUGGAUUUGUAUAGUUCCCUGGAUCUUUACAUUUCUUUUUAUUAUUUUUAUUAUUAAAAUGACGUUGUUUUAUUGUCUCUUUCUUUAACCCCUUAAGGACUGGACUGUUUUUGCGAUGUUGUACAUUUGCGACCAGGAAUAUUUUUACACUUUUCUGGUGUUUGUGUUUGGCUGUAAUUUUCCGCUCUCUCAUUUACUGUUCCCAUACAAAUUAUAUAUUGUUUUUUUCAGGACAAAAGGGGCUUUCUUUACAUACCAUUAUUUAUAUAAACUCAUGUAUUUUAAUUUAAAAAAAAUAAAAAAAUAUGAUGAAAAAUUGAAAAAAAUACAUGUUUUUUACUUUACUUGAAAAAUCUUUUACUCAUCUACAAAAGCGAAUGAAAAAAACUGCUAAAUAGAUUCAAAAUUUUGUCCUGAGUUUAAAAAUACCCAGUGUUUACGAGCUUUUUUGCUUUUUUUUGCAUGUUAUAGGGCUAUAGGUACAAGUAGGAUAUUGCGGUUUCAAAACAUGCAUUUUAAAAAUUUAUCAAUAGUGACAUUGUAACACUAUUAUCUGUCAUAAAUCUCUGAAUAACACCCCACAUGUACAUAUUUUUUUUAAAGUAGACAACCCAGGGUAUUCAAUAUGGGGUAUGUCCAGUCUUUUUUAGUAGCCACUUAGUCGAAAACACUGGCCAAAGUAAGCAUUCAUAUUUGUUUGUGUGUGAAAAAAGUAAAAAAACUAAAUUGAACGCUAAUUUUGGCCAGUGUUUGUGACCAAGUGGUUACUAAAAAAGACUGGACAUACCCCAUUUGCAAUACCUUGGGUUGUCUUCUUUUGCAAAUGGUAUGCCAUCAUGGGGGUAAUUCUCAUUCCUGGGCUACCAUACGCUCUCAAAGGCAACGUAACCAACCUGGCCAUUUUCAAUGUAAAAAUAUUUGACCCAUGUAUUUGACCUUGUAACUUUCAAAAAUGCUAUAAAACCUGUACAUGGGGGGUACUGUUUUACUCGGGAGACAUCGCUGAACACAUAUAUUAGUGUUUAAAAACUGGAAAACGUAUCACAACAAUUAUAUCAUCAGUAAAAGUGCUGUUUGUGUGUGAAAAAUGCAAAAAAAGUAACUUUCACUGACAAUAUCAUCGCUGUGAUAUGUUUUACUGUUUUGAAUCACUAAUAUUUGUGUUCAGCGAAGUCUCCCGAGUAAAACAGUACCCCCCAUGUACAGGUUUUAGGGUGUCGUAGAACGUUACAGGGUAAAAUACAGUGCUAGCAAAUUAAAUUCUCUGGAAUUUCGGCCUGGGUUGGCAGGCAGGUCCCUCAAAUUGCAAUCAAUAAAAUUACUGAAUUAUGUAAAAAUAUUACAUAAAUACGCACGUAGAAUUUAAAAAUAUAUGCAUAUUUAUAUAUUUGAAGUCUACGUGUAUAUUUAUAUAAUUAUUUAUGUAAUUUUGUAUAUGGACAUAUGUAUAUUUCGUAUUAUUUUUAUUUAUUUUUAUAUAUAUAGAUAUAUAUACAAAUUCAUUCUAAGUGUAUUUUGAUAUAAAUAUAUAUAUAUUAAUUUUAAAAUACAGUUAGAAUAAAAUUUCAUAUAGCUAUAUAAUUUUUUUUAAAAUUUUUAUUAUUAUUUUUAAAAAUUUUUAUUUAAUUUAAAUUACUUAUUAUUUAUAUUUUAUAAUAAUAUAUAUAUACAAUCUAUAUAGUUAUUAUAUAUAUUAUAUAUAUACACGUGUGUAAUUUAAUUAUAAGUGUAUUUUUAUAUUAAUAUAAGUACAUAUUAAUAUAAAAAUACACUUAGUAUGGCAUUAUAUAUAUAUGAUAUAUAGACAUAUAUUAUAUUGAUAUAAUAUAUGUCUAUAUAUCAUAUAUGUAUCCACAUAUAUAAUUUUUUUUUUUUAUUAACAUUAACUUUAUUUAUUUAUUUUUUGAUUUUACACUAGCAGGGAGACUGCCUGUCAGCACAGGCAGUCCCCCUGCAGGCUGACACAUGGACACCUAUUGUGACCAUGUGAUCGCUGUGUUAAGCGAUCACAUGGCCACAGGGGUCCUAAAUCAGUGUGGGGAGACUGUCUGGGCUGCAGGCAGUCUCCCCACACCGGGAGCAACGCUGAUCGCCGCCGGGGGAACGACGGCGAUCAGGUAAGUAACGGAAACCGUUAGGACGGUUCAGGACCGUCAUCGGUCCUCAAUGGGAAAAUCCCGAUGACGGUCCUGAACCGUCCUUGGUCGGGAAGGGGUUAAUACAGAAUGAAGGGCUAUCAGGAUAAUUGUGGAUUACUUAGGAGUGGAUUGAAUAUAUUGUUAUCUAUUACAAUCUACUCUAUAUCUGCCUACAUGUCUCUCUCUCUCUCACUCACUCUCCCUCUCAGCUCCAGCAAUGUCUAAGGUAUUCAUCAUUUGCUUUUGUUCUAUGGAUUUUUGCUGAAAAAUAUUUUAGCCAUUGCUGCCCCCAGGUGUAGUGGGAGUUAGAGCAAAAGGCAUAAUUUUAUAUGUUUGUAUUUGCUUCUGUAUUACACAGUCAUGUUACCAUGCUUCCACCCACUCCACGUUCUAUCUAAUCCAUCAAUCUAUCUAGCUCUCCAACUUUUUUCACUCUGUCUGUAGGCCUGUUAACAUACAUUGCUAUGAGGUGUUGCACAAUUUAUACAAUUUUGCUUCGAUCUUAUAAACAUGCAGUCUCUUUGUCCGUCAGAGUUACAACAGAGUAAGAUUUGGUAAACAUAACCAGCACUCACUAUUAGAGCUUGGGGAAACAUGAAAACAUAAUGGUAUUGGUGGUAUGGGAGAGGGUCAAUGAAUAGCACAGCUGUUUGCCUUGAGUUUAGCAAAUGUAAUAUAUUUCCAUUAUCCGUUUUUACGGAACAGCAAUUGUUCCAGUAAAUGCAGUGAGAUCAGCAGGUGGCCCAGGGUUAUAUAAGGGCUAGACAAAGUGAGAUGAAAGACUGAAGAAAAACACAUACCUGUGGCCAAACAGAUUUCAAUCACAUAGCGAUCCCAUACUUAAACAAUAGAUUUACAUUUAUGGAAUCUUUUUACACAGUGAAAAUGGUUUAAUGGCUUGGCGAAUUGGAGUGGCUCAUCCUAUUGUGGAAGCCCUAAUACAUGUGAGAUAUAGUACAGAAAACGUAAAUAUCCUGAUGAGAAUCAACGUCAGUCUAAAGAAUAAUAGUAACAAUGAAUAAUUCAUGCCCUAUGCCCUGCAUUUAGGAAUGUACUGUUUUUACCACAAGGGUUUAUUCAAUUAACAGUAAAUACAGCAAGCAUAAUGCAAAAAUAAUCACGUUGUGACUAUAGAUGAAUUUUCUUUUCUUUUUUCAAAUCCGUUAAUCUGUUUUAUAAUUUGCUAUUUCAUUUUCGAAUUCACCAAAAUUCACUGUUUAGUGAAUAAACUCUAAAUAUGAAUUUUGCAAACCAUAGGAAAAUUCCAUGAUCAACAGAAUGUGCAGACAUACACAUGUACCAUUUUAAAAUCUCUUAUAUAUACACUGAACAAAAUUAUAAACGCAACACUUUUGUUUUUGCCCCCAUUUUUCAUGAGCUGAAUUCAAAGAUCUAAGACUUUUUCUAUGUACACAGAAGGCCUAUUUCUCUCAAAUAUUGUUCACAAAUCUGUCUAAAUCUGUGUUAGUGAGCACUUCUCCUUGCCAAGAUAAUCCAUCCACUUCACAGGUGUGGCAUAUCAAGAUGCUGAUUGAACAGCAUGAUUAUUGCAAAGGUGUUCCCUAGGCUGGCCACAAUAAAAGGCCACUCUAAAAUGUGUAGUUUUAUCACACAGCACAAUGCCACAGAUGUCGCAAGUUUUGAGGGAGCGUGCGAUUGGCAUGCUGACUGUAGGAAUGUCCAUCAGAGCUGUUGCCUGUGAAUUGAAUGUUUAUUUCUCUACCAUAAGCCAUCUCCAAAGGCGAGAAUUUGGUUGUAGUUUCAACCGGCCUCACAACUGCAGACCACGUGUAACCACACCAGUCCAGGACCUCCACAUCCAGCAUCUUCACCUCCAAGAUCGUCUGAGACCAGCUACCCGGACAUCUGCUGCAACAAUCGGUUUGCAUGACCAAAGAUUUUAUGCAGAAACCAUUUCAGGGAAGCUCAUCUGCAUGCUCAUCGAACUCACUGGGGCCUCGACCUAACUGCAGUUUGCCAUCAUAACCGACUUGAGUGGGCAAAUGCUCACAUUCAAUGAUGUCUGGCACUUUGGAGAGGUGUUCUCUUCACGAAUGAAUCCCGGUUUUCACUGUACAGGGCAGAUGGUAGACAGCGUUUAUGGCAUCGUGUGGGUGAGCGGUUUGCUGGUGUCAGCGUUGUGGAUCGAGUGGCCCAUGUUGGCGGUGGGGUUAUGGUAUGGGCAGGCGUAUGUUACGGACAACGAACACAGGUGCAUUUUAUUGAUGGCAUUUUGAAUGCACAGAGAUACCGUGGCGAGUUCCUGAGGAUCAUUAUUGUGCCAUUCAUCCACGACCAUCACCUCAUGUUGCAGCAUGAUAAUGCACAGCACCAUAUUGCAAGGAUCUGUACACAAUUCCUGGAAGCCGAAAAUAUCCCAGUUCUUGCAUGGCCAGCAUACUCACCGGACAUGUCACCCAUUGAUCAUGUUAGCGAUGCUCUGGAUUGGUGUAUACGACAGCGUGUUCCAGGUCCUGCCAAUAUCCAGCAACUUCGCACAGCCAUUGAAGAGGAGUGGACCAACAUUCCACAGGCCACAAUCAACAACCUGAUCAACUCUAUGCAAAGGAGAUGUGUUGCACUGCAUGAGGCAAAUGGUGGUCACACCAGAUACUGACUGGUUUUAAAACCCCCCGGAUCUCCUCAAUACAGUAAAACUGCACAUUUUAGAAUGGCCUUUUAUUGUGGCCAGCCUAAGGCACACCUAUGCAAUAACCAUGAUGUCUAAUCAGCAUCUUGAUAUGCCACACCUGUGAGGUGGAUGGAUUAUCUCGGCAAAGGAGACGUGCUCACUAACACAGAUUUAGACAGAUUUGUGAACAAUAUUUGAGAGAAAUAGGCCUAUUUCCUGUAAAUAGAAAAAGAUCUUUGAGUUCAGUUCAUGAAUAAUGGGGGCAAAAACAAAAGUGUUGCGUUUAUAAUUUUGUUCAGUGUACAUGAUGGGUUUCCAACCUUUUUCAUUUAAAAUUGUUCUUGAAAUAAUGCGCUACUUAUUGUAUCUGCACCUAUAUUAGAAUUAAUUGUUGCUAUUUCAUUAACCCCUUAAGGACGGCGGGCGGGCUAUGCCGUCCUUGGGUACCCGGCUCUAAACGCUAUCACGGUGGGGGGACUCACUUGGCAUUCCAGGGAGUCCCCCUUCUGCCGUUCUGGCCUUCCUGGGCCAUGUGAUCGCAAGGUCCUUGCAAGGACCUCACGAUCACAUGGACGGCAUACAGAGUUUCAUUUAGUGGUACAAUUUGGUGGCAUCAGAGAGCUGUCCUCAAAAAAACAUAGUGCAAGCACACUAUGACAGACAGCCUGGUGUGCCUGGUUAUGAUGACUUGUCAAUUCUGUUAGGCAGGUGUAAUUCUUUGGGUGUUAGUAUCACUGCCCCCAAUUUUAUCCUGCCCGCUAGUGUCCCUCUUCAUGGGAUGCUGAUGUUGGGGCAUAUGGUUUUUCCAUUUGUGUGAGUUGUCUUGCACAUUAUCAAAACAUACUAACCUAAAAUUUCAAUCAAUCUAAAAAAAAAAAUGGUUAUGGUUAUACAUUUCACAAAAAAAUUUUUUAGUGCAAAGUGUGUAGUGAUUUUAUCAUUUUCACAUGAAUGUAAUAAUUAAUGUAUUAACAAUGUUAUUCACUAAGGUGAAUUUUGGAGCAGCUCUCUUGUGAUCAGCAGUUUGGAAAGGUCACUCGAUAAUUAGAAUCCAGCCACAUUCAUUGUUAAGUGUAUAGUCAGCUAAAGAGUUCAGUUAAAACUUAAUAUGUGUGGGAUUAGCACUCCUAGUACAUUUCACAUGAAACAAUGUAUAGGUCUUUUAAAGAUGCAUUAAAUACUUAUCAAGAAAAAAAUUGCUAUUUUGGCCAUAACAUGCGUAGCCUGCUAGGGCAUUAAAACAGUAACGCUAACUUUAUAUGCUAUAUAAAGAGAUGAUCUUAUAUUUGUGCCUAAUGAUAUUUUGUGCUGUCCAUUACAGGUUAUCAAGUCAUCAUCAGUAGUGUAA